GCUGCGGUUAUUGUACGCCGCGCUCCCCAACGACGCACGCGCGGCCUUUACGCCGCGCUUGUGACACGCCGCGCCUCGCCGCGCUCGGGGAGAACUCUUCUCCUGUGACGCUCCCCUGGCGAGGAGGCCGCUGAGGGGGACGGGCUGUGACGCGAAGAAACCUCCAGGGGGAGCCCGCGGCAAGGCCGCAGCGGGCCCUGGCUACCGGGAGCCCGCUGGGCCCGUUCCUUCUCUCUCUUUCCUCUCUAUCGCUCUCUCUCUCUCUCUCUCUCUCCCUCCGCCCCCACGUUCUCCGGCUUGCGUCACGCCCCGCCUGCGUCACCCGGACAAGAUGGAGACCGCCGAGGAAGGUAACGGCCUGGAGCCUCGGGCGGCUUGUGUGAGGGGGGCGGGGGGGCGAGCGGAGGGGCGGGGAGGAGCCCGGGCCGUCGGCCUGAGGGUCGCGGGUGGGAGUGGGAAAUAGCCUGGCCUGCGUCGGGGAGGCGUCCCGUGGGGGGUUGUGCGCGCCUCACCUGAGCUUCCCUCCCUUGGCCCGCCGGGGCGCCUCAGGUGCCGCUUCGGGGACGGUUGGCGUCGCGGGGUGGGGGUGGGGCUGUCAGGGAGGGGUGUCUCUCUGUGUAUAUAUAUAUAUAUUUGGUAUGCGUGUGGAGGUGUGUUGUUGUCGGUCGCUGUGUGAUUUGUGUGUGUCGGUGGCGUGCAUGGCAGUUGUGUGUGGUCGUGGUUGGCAAAACCUUGAACAUCGGGGUGCCGCAGGUUGUGGGUUGUUGUUAUUUUGGGAGGGGAGGGAGGCAUGUUGUUGCUCUCGUGUGUGUGUGUGUGUGUGUGUGGGAACUUAGCACGCGAGGGGCGAGCGAUUUCAUCUCGGCAGAUGCGGCACGGAGGGUCUUUUGUGUGUGUUUAUUGACAGCUGUGUGUUGUUGUUGUUGGGGGAGGUGGGGAUGCUGGUUCGGGAUUCUCAAAAAAGACCCAACAAACACCGCAUCAGAAACGGAACGCUCUGUGUGUGUGUGUGUGUGUGUGUGUUGUGUUGAAGUGUGCGUGUGUGUGAAAGGUGGUUGUGAUUGUUGACAUUUGUAUUCCGCCCCCCCCCUUCAGAUCUUGGGUCCCUUCACAGCGCAAAAACAUAAUAUUAGAAAAAACCAACCAACCACAAAAUACAUGAAACCAAAAACAAAUCAAUGUCCCCUCCUUGGUAGCAAUGUCCAAUAGGGUUGGAUUGAGCUAGGCGUCAGUCCUCUGGGAUAGCUCAGUCAGUAGAUCUUGAGACUCUUAUCUCUGGGGCAAGUACAUCCCUGCAUUGCAGGGGUUGGACUAGAUGACCCUCAUGGUCCCUUCCGACUCUACAAUUCCCUGAUUCUAUGACUGGGGUGAUGUGUGUGAGCUGGCUACACUCCCCUCCUCUUCCCCCAUGGUAGUGUGGAUCUUAGGUAACCUUUCAGAGAGGUGAGGCUACAGUUGUAGGCAGCUGCAGUGAGCUUUGACAGCUGCUUGGUUUUUGUUUUCUUUUUCCGCUGCAAAGUAGGGCAUGUUUUUUUACAGCUCACCCUCCAAAAGCUGCUGGGUGGGACAUGUUCCAGAAUAGUAGGUGCAUAGCUGUCAACUUUUCCCUUUUCUUGCAAGGAAUCCUAUUCGGAAUAAGGGAAUUUCCCUUUUAAAAAGGGAAAAGUUGACAGCUGUUAAGCAUUUUCUUGUAGGAAAUGGUAACAGGGUCCUGGGGUACCUUAGAAGACUAAAUGGCAUGAGUUUUUAUAAGUAGGAGCCAACUGCAUCAGAAAGUUUGUGCCACAGUAAUUCCUUUGCUGCUACAGCUAUAGGCUUUUGGUAAACUUUUCUUCUUUCACUUUGUAAAGGGAAAUAAGAGGCCUAACUCUGUGUUGAAAACAUGGCGUUAUUUCCCAUCUUCUGUUUCAAAAUAUGAUUCGGAAAAUGUAGUGGAUUCACCUGGUGAGAUGUUUGUUGCUUACUUUUAAUAAUGUUUGCACUCCUGGGUAAAUUGUGCAUCUUUGCAUUGUUCAGCUUGUCGUGGUAGAAAAAUGAUCGUCUCACCAUAAAACUUUUCUUUUUUUCCUAUUGAUUUCUCUUAUCCCUUUUCUCCUGCUAAACUAGUUCUGAAUUAAAAAUGUCAUAUGCUGUACCUGCUUAUGUAAACAGCUUAACAGUCACAAGGGUAAUUGGAAGAGAAAGGUUUGGAUGCUUAUUUAGGUAAAAGUUAGACAAGCGGCACACGUCCUCUAAAAAAACAACUUUCUGAACAUCUAAUCCAUAUCCAUGUCACCACCCAAAAGUGAUCAAUAAAUUAAGAACAUUCUAUGGUGUCACAGAAACAUGUUUUGCUCAGAUGAGAUUUCCUUUAAUUGGAAAAAAAGAGUACUGAAAUUGUAUAUGUUUUUAAAUACAAUUCAUUCUAUGUAAAAUACAGCAACAUUUGCUCAUAAGCCAAUUGAGUAGUUCCUGAUUCAGAAGAUAUUAAAUUAGAUUGCUGGCACGUGAGCUUUUUGGGGACAUGUAUCCCCAGAACCUCUUACUUGCUGUAUCAUUGCUCUGAUAAUUUAUUCUUGAUGUCUGAUUUACUUUUGGGCUUAGGAGGGGUUUUGCAUACCUUGAGGUUGAUGUUAAGAAGAGACCGGAAUGAAGCGUAAAUGAACUGGUAGUGUUGGCACCUAUGAUGUAUUCCUAACCCCUAUUUGAAAAUGUAAGCUGCUACAACAGCCCUCCAGGAGCCGCAGUGCUAAAAUUGGACACCCAAAAAUCUUGACAGAUAGGUCUGCUUUCCUUAAAGUUGUUGUCUGUUUAAAAAUAUUUUAUUGUUUUUAAAUUUAUGUAACAACAAUAAUAAAAAAGCAUAAUCAAAGUCUUCUUAAAAAGCUUGAACAGUGCAGUCUUCUGAUGAUUCUGCAAGUCUGUGCCAGGAGUUCAUCCUAACAUUGUAAAGAUUGUAACCCAAAUGAAUCUGAGACAUUUUGUCCCAGUUAUUGGUCAUUAAGACCUAACUUCAUUUAAUUGCUGAGGUGCUGAGGAGGGUAGAAGAAACUGCAAAGUUAGUGUUUAACAUUGCAGCAUAGUGAAUACAAGAAUGGACAAAAAGGAGUGUGGUGACUUGAAAACUUAGCUGAAGGCCUAAUCUGCACUUUCACAGUUUCCCUGGACAAGUAGAAAGUCGUGUAUGCCCAAACCCUUUCUUCAACAAGGUUUGGCCAGAUUGUUUUCCUUGCUGUCUCACUAACUGAAUGGGGCCCCAUAGGAUGAGACUCCAAUAUCACUCUUCUAUAAUAUUAAAAACAGAGGCCUAAUAAGCUGACUCGUAUAUAAAACCCAAAUAUGUAGAUUUUGGGUCUCUGCAACUUGGUCUGGCAAAUCACCACCUUGAAACAUGUUCCACUGUUAAUUUUAAAAACAUUUAAUUAACCCCUCCCACCACAGUGUUAAAGGAUGUAUUAGAGCUGGGGUGGUUAAUUGUUUUUGCCCACCUUCACAUUUGUUUAUCUCCCUGGAGGGGUUAUAUGCCACCCACUUUUUCACAAAUCCUGUCUCAUACAUUCACAUACUUGGGACAUACAACUCUCUUCUUCAGUACAGAUCAGCCAAAAAGUGGCUUAUCAUCCCAUGUCUGCCUACUUCAUUUUUUUCAUGUUCCCUACUGCUGCCAAAAUUGGUGAGCUGUUAGGGUUCAGAAAAAUUUGCCUGGGGAACUGUAUUAGGUCUUCUGGUUUCCCACUCCUGUACUGAGGAGUAACAUGGACCUUUAUCAGAGAGCAUUGUGAGAUUUUCAUGCUCCAAGAAACCUGUAAGAUACCACAAACACAAACCUUGUUUCAAAGAACAAUUUGUUACUUCUGGAAAAGAGAGUGGUGACUGUUAUACUCACUGCUUCUCUUAGAUUCACAGUCCAGUAUAUUCUAACAGAUGACAGAGACUGAUUUCUCUUGUUUUGGAUUCCAUGUAGGACAUUUGUAAAUGUUUUAUAGCUACUGUUAAUGUUUUCACUACCAGAUGGACAUAUUCUCUCCCCUCUCCCAAACACUGGAAGCCUUUAGGUGAAUGUAUUUUAAUUCUUAGACAAUAUUUUAAUAUAGUUUUAGAUAAUUCAGAAGGUAGGUCUUAGAGAGGGAACAUGUUGUGUGUUCAUGUGCUCCCUCACAUGCCAAGCUUAAUUAAACUGCUGUUGCUUUGAUGUCCAAACCUGGUUACUGUGCUUUGAAUGCCUCCUACAAAGCAGGAUCGUGUACCAGGAUCUGGCUUGCAAAUCAGUCUCAGAAUGUAUCUGGGGUACUAUGUCAUUUUGUUUCUUUGGCUGAAUUGCAGCUGGGGGAUGUAGGCAAGGUGCUUGGAGUGUGGCCGACUACCUGUUUAUGCAACCCUUGCUCUUUCUGGCUUACAACACAGCAGCUAAGGGAGGAAUGGCCUCUUGGAUUUGGGAGAUGAUUAAGGCCUUGUUUCACAAGGGAAUUGUCCACGCUUCCUUGAAGGAGGUAUUUGCAAGAUCACACCUAAAGAAACACUCCAUUAACCUGAAGAUAGUGCCAAAUUUGACCAGUUGCAAAUCUUACCUUUUUUGGCAAGAUGCUUAAGUGGUUGGUGACUGUACCAGGCAUUUUUGUACAAUACUAAUUAUCGAGAUCCAUUUCAUUCUGGGAAUUUUCUGUGAUUUUGGAAUCCCUCUACAUUAAAAAGCAUGGUGGAAGAGACAGGUUUUCUACAGUUGCCUGAAGAUAAACAACACUGCUUUAUUGUUACUGUUUUAUCUUUUUUUGUAAAAUGCUUUGAGGUUUUUUUUACACUCAAGCAGUGUAUGCAUUUAAUGACAUAAAUAAAUAAUAAACUGGUGCCAGCAGAACCUCCAGGAGGAGUGUACCCAAGAACCAGGGUGCUAUUACUGAGGUGGUCCUUCAGCAGGUCAUGGAGCACCAAACUUCCUUUGAAGUUGGAGCUACCAGCAAGGCUUCCCCAUUAGAUUUCAGAUUACAGGCAGACUGAUAUGGGGAACAGCUUCCCUCAGACUGGCCAUCACCUACCUGGGAGGCGAAUCAAACACUACAAGAAUAUCUUAUCUAGAUUCAUUUUCAUUUUAUUAGUUCUCAUUAGCAACAGAUAGAGAGGAGAAACAAAGUUGGGUGUCAUCAGCAUACUGUUAACACUGCGCUCCAAAUCUCCCUAUGACCUUACACAGUAGUUUCAUGGAAGGAAGGAGGUCCAACCAUCUAUGCCUUUCUCACAAAUGAGUAUAGCUGUAAGACAGCAGAGGUUUAGGACCAGUUUUCCUUCUCCUAAAUGAGCCAUUUUCCCUGGUUGAUGAGCCCCAUCUGCCCCUCGUUUCCCUCUACAGCGUGUGCUGUAACUGCCUUCUUGACUGUUGGACCCGCUAUUGGUCUCAUGCGCUCAAUCUGCUGUAGCCUGUCUUCACAUGCAGGGGAAGUCCCUAACUCACUGAGGGUGUAGCUGAAGUCCCUAACUCCUGGGGGGUAGCUGCUGUCUCAUGCUGACAGCCUCUAGGAGCCACAGGUGAGAGCUGAGUACAAGAUGGGCAAACUACCGCAGAAGGAGAAUGAAGUGUGCCUCCCCGAAGUACAACCCCUCCCCUGCACUCCAUGCAUCCCACUCUUAUCAGUACUCCUAAAUCCAUUUUUCCUUGUAAGGGGACAAAAAGUCGGCAUGUGUGGGGUAAGGAAACCUUGUAGGUAAUUUGGUCCCAAGUUAUUAAGGGCUUCAUAUACUUCAUACACCUUGAACUUGUCCUGGUAGCAUAUCAACAGCCAGUGCAUAGGUGUUACGUUUCUAACUUCUGUCGGAAAUCAUGCUGCAUCCAGAGUAGGCAAUUGAUCGGUUUCUCAGUUGUAGGAGCUACUCACUCACAGUGCUUCUGUCUUGCCAGGAUUCAAGCUCAGCUUAUUUUCCCUCAUCCAUUUCACCACUGCAUCCAGGCAAUGGCCUCUCCUGAGUAAGAUUUUAUGGAGAAACAGAGCUAAGUGUCAUUAGCAUACUGAUGACACCUCACUGUGAAACUUCUAACAUCCGCUCCCUGCAGCUUCAUGUAGAUAUUAAAUAUCACUGGAGAUAGUCGCCUCCAGGAGGCUGAAAGGCACUUGCCCCGAUUGGAUCCACUACAAUACAUUGCCCCCAGUUCCCAAUCCUUGAAGCUGUUCCAGAAGGAUACCAUGGUCAGUGGUAUCAAAAGCCAAUGAGGGAUCAAGAAACUGGAGUAAAGUUGCGCUCCCCCGUCCUGCCCUCUGCAAAGGUCAUCCGUCAGAGUGACCAAGGCUGACUCAAUUCCAUGGCCAGACCUGUAUCCAGAUUGAAAAGGAUCUAAAUAAUCUGGGUCCUCCAAGAAUGCUUCCACCACAUCCCUCUCCACCAUAUUCCCCUAAAAGGGGACAUUAGCAACUGGUUGAUAGUUGUUCCAAUCCAAAGGUCCAGAGGCGGUUUCUUUAGGAGUGGUCACAUCAGUGCCCUUUUCAGUGCAGCUUAAUAAGCGAGGAGGAACAGGAUUUGAUGGGGCACGUGGUUAGAUGCAUGGCUGCCGCCACCAUGAUCACAUGAGCUGAUUGCCUAAGGUGAAACUGAUCCCACAAAACAUUCUUAAUACUGACACUGGGUACUUCAUCUGGAGCUGCAACAGGUGCAGAGUGAAGAUCACUCCAAAGACAAGUGACUUUAUCCUCAAAGUGUGUUGUCAGUUGGUCACAGCGGGUCUUUGAGUGCUCCAGAGGGUUGUGUUGGACCAAUGGCCAUCUGAGAGAGACCCAUAGUUGUCAUGGAGGCCAUGUUGUCUCAAGUUGGCCCGACAACAGCCUCUGCGUGACUAUUGAAGUCACCCAGGAUUAUUGUUUUAGGGUCCUCCAACAAUACCCCAGAGACUACCUUGGCAAGCUGGAUCAGGGAUACCAUUAGGCAACAGGGUGGUUAGUAGCCCAGCAGCACCCCUGAUCUGUCUCUCUGGCCCAAUACCAGGUGCAGACCCUAAAUGGGUGGGGUAUAAAUAUAAUAAUAAAUGAUGAUGAUGAUGUCAAGAGGCUUCCUGAUCAAAGAUAUGGUAUUCUUAUAGACAAUAGCAACACUCCAACCCUAGUCUAGCCUGGUACAGUACUGAAAAUCCAAGUGGUCACAGCUGAGUAAGGUCAGGCCCACUUUGCAUUUCUGUACUGGGACUGAGGCAAGGCCAGGGAGUCAUGCAGUAAACAAGAAGAAGCAGAAGUGAAACCAGAAACAAUAACACUGGAAAGAAAAGAAUGCAACUGUUUUCAUGCUUUGCCAUACAACAAAGCAGACAUGGCUGCUGCAAAUGAGUAGCUGCCUUUUUUUUUUUUUUAAAGUAUGAGUCUUAUACAAUGCGUACUGGCCUGGAUUGUAUAAACGCUCUAUUAAAUUCUGAAUUAAUGAACAAGUUAAACUGGUUAGACUAACCUUUUCACUUGUGUCACUGUUUAGGAAAAUACAUGAAAUGCCUACAGGCAACUAGAUUUAAUCCAGCCUUUCUGUCUUUCCCUUUUUCUUUUCUUGGUACAGUGGUACCUCGCAAGACGAAUGCCUUGCAAGACAAAAAACUCGCUAGACGAAAGGGUUUUUUGUUUUUUGAGCUGCUUCGCAAGACGAUUUUCCCUAUGGGCUUGCUUCGCAAGACUGAAACGUCUUGCAAGUUUGUUUCCUUUUUCUUAACACCGUUAAUACAGUUGUGACUUGACUUUGAGGAGCAACUCAUAGAAUGUGGUGUGGUAGCCUUUUUUGAGGUUUUUAAAGACUUUGGUGAUUUUUGAAGCUUUUCCAAAACUUUCCCGACACUGUGCUUCACAAGACGAAAAAAAUCGCAAGACGACAAAACUCGUGGAACGAAUUAAUUUCGUCUUGCGAGGCACCACUGUAAUGUAAAUUCCCUUGGUUUACAUUACAUAGCUUUUCCAGGGUGGAUUAUAGACCCUUUGGCUUUCUCCCCACAUAUAUGUUCAGAACGUGAAUAGGAAAGAUACAUGGGUAAAGUGCCCUUUUAGAGUUAUAGUAUGUAUGAGAGUGUUGUGUGGAACUGAGAGUGUACUGGCUUUCCUGGAGAGCUGCCACAUGGUGUGAAGCCAGCAAAUAGGUCAACCUUUCUGUUAGUGCAUUCAUUUGGUAGUUCACAACAUUAUCAAGUUCUGAACCGUUGCUUCUAGUUUUUCAAUUUCUUGCCAGGUAAGGCAGUGAUAGUGAUGUCUAUCUCUCCACUCUCAUGUAGAUCUUUUCCAUGCACAUUAUUUCAUUUUUGUCACAGCUGUUAAGCUAUCAUAGAGCUGUCAUAUAAAGGACACGUUUUCCUACGGUUCUGCUGUGUUACACAAAGUGCUGUUAGGCAUCCAAUGAUUGGUCAAGAAUUGAAAACACUUAAAUAAUUAUAGGUUUUCUUGUCACCUAUGAGGAUGAGCUAAGGAGAUUUCAUUUCUGUUUUAGGUUAGCUACAAAUUGUGACACCUGAACCUGGACAAAGUUUGGUUAAUCUUAAUUAUGGUUUUCUGAAACAAGCCAACUUCAAAGCAUUGUUUGUGAAGCUGGCUUGUUUCAACAAAUGGUAGCUAAGAUUGCAUUUAAGGUUUGAAUAUAAUGCUAAACCGCAGUUAUUGUGAAACUGAAGUUUACGACCUUUGACAUUUUGUGGGGAGCGUGUAAACCCAAGGCUCGCUUUGGCUUGUCUACCCUAAUGCUAAACCAUGGCUUAAGUUAGCAUUGUAUAUGAAUGAAGCCUUGAAAAUGGAUAUUGGGGCUGUAUUCCAUCGAUGCCUGUUACAAAUUAAACCCUGUUAUUAGGGAAACUUGGAUCUAUACCAGUCUUUGCCAACAUUGAGGAGACUGCUGUAUUUGGGAGUAUUUUAAUAUUCUUCCUGUGUUAGUGUUAGAUUAAUAAGAGCCACGGCUGAAUAGUAGAACACUUUCUUUACAUGCGAAAGAUUCAAGGUUCAGUCCCUGGCAUUUUCAGGUAGGGCUGGGAAUGAGCCCUGCUGGAAAUGCUAGUGAGCAGCUGCUAGUCAGCAUAGAAUGCUAAACAAGGUGGACCAGUGGUCUGACUCAGUAGGAGGCAGCUUCCUAUGUUCUUGACUGAAGCCCCAUGCGAUGUGAAUUGCUGCAGUGUUUUUCAGAUUAUAGGAGAAUGCCCAAUGAAGCAUCUAGGCUUCAACACUGGACUGGUCAAUAUAAGAGCCAGGAGUAGAACUUGCUAUUGUUACUUCCUUUGUGGCUUGUUAGAACAUCCUGCAUUUGAAGAGUACACUUGCAAAAUUGCUUGUUUAAGAACAUCUGCCAAAAAGUAUUUUUAAUGCUCUUGUUUUAAAUAUAGUAUUUCACCUAUUUUUGUUAUCUUAAAAUAAUAACAAUGCACCAAUGACAGAUUCAGGGGAUAAAAGCUGACACUUAUUGAUCUUCCUUUUUUUUUACGAUUUAGGAAAAGUUGAUACACCAGGAAACUUAAAGAAGUAUCUUAUUAUAAUGGAAAGCAUUUCUAUUAGUUUUAUUCUGUAUUCUAUUUGUGUUUAACAGACAUAUGCAGAGUAUGUCGGUCUGAAGGAACUCCUGAGAAACCUCUCUAUCAUCCGUGUGUAUGCACUGGCAGUAUUAAAUUCAUUCAUCAAGAAUGGUAAGUUUCAAAAUAUGUCAAUGCCUAUUCAUAUAUGCUUACGGCAUGAAAUUGCUAUGAACAUUUUGGGAAUCUGGCAGAUAAAUAAUGCUCUGUGGUUCCCAAUUGGUGGACCACGAACCCAUAAGCAUAGGUUUACAUGUUAAGGAAGUAUUGAGGUGUGGAGAAGAAAAACUGCAUAUAUUAUUUUUAAUCCCUGUGUAAUUAAUGGGAUUACACAAGAAGUAGCUGAAACCCCUUUAUAGAAUUGCAAGAUAUUAAGGGUAUAUUGUUUUUUAUUAGAAGGGUUAGAUCUAUGUAUUAAUAGUGUUUAGUGUUUUAAAUGCUUGCUCCUUUUUGUCAUUUCUGUGGUUGUAUCCAUAGCUGUUUGUGUGAGACUUUAACUUUCCUCAUUGCUUCCCAUGUGCCCUUAAAAUCUGUUCUGAAGUGUUGGGGGACCCUCUGGUAUAGAGUUAGGGGGACUUUCAAGGUGCUACAGGGAUGAGAAGAGGAAGGUGAAGGGCCAACUGCAAUAGUAGAAGACAUGUAAUGCGGUGUGAGCUUCUGCCCUGUAAAUUUACUUUGUAUGCAAACCAAGGAGAUAUGUCAGUUUCUCCCUUGAUGGCAUAGUCCCUUGAAUAAUAUAGGAAGCCUCUAUAGAGGGUCCCUUCACAUUUGAGAACAGAGAAAUGUGGAGCAGAAGCCUGCUUCUAGAAAGGGGUUGCUGAAGAAAGCCUUGCACAUGUAGCACAUGGUCCUUUGCCCUUUGCAUUAGUCUUUUUUGAUUUGAAAACUUGCAUGCUACCUUUCUGCUCUAGUUGGCAUUUAAGAAUGCCUUUCAUAACUGUAGCCAAGUAGCUGUAUUUGCAGUUUCUGGAGAGCAGUGCUCUUGAACUGUAUGCCUAUGCUUUUCAAACAUGUUCACUAUCAACAAAGCAAGAGUACUUAAAGAAAGGCAUUAUCUCUGUUUUUCUAUCCCUCUGAAUUUGAAUUAUUAAUGUUUUUCUUAAAAGUAUAUUUUACUGAUUAUUUUACUGCAUUUUCUUAAUUUCUGACACUCAAAAAAUAACUUGUAGAUUUUAAACUGUAGAUAUACUGUACUCAUGUUUCUUUUUAAUUGCAGCUUAGUUCAGUGGCUCAAACACAGCAGAAAAGAAUACUGUGAAUUAUGUAAACAUAGAUUUGCUUUCACACCAAGUAAGUAUAUGGUGAGAGUUUGUGAUGUGUUUAAACAAAGACUUUUCUUUAUGGUGGUUUUAGGCUACAGAGAGUCUUCAUGGGAAUUUGCAGGUUCACCAGCAGUGUGCUUGCCUCCAGUAAACUAAAUAUUAUAGGCACUGCACUGUCUCUACGCUGUGUAUCUGAGAUAUGGCCAAGUCAUUGUAACCCCUUCUGAAACAAUGGUUUGACUGGCUUGGUUGAAAUCCGACAACAGCCCUAGAAAAUCCUUCAUGUAAAUAGCAUCCCAUAUGAUACCACAUUGUUUUCAUUUUAAAAUAACACCCAUACUGCUAGUGAGCAUUUUGGAGUUUAUGGAUGUGCCACCUGACACAGCAACACUUUCAUAAGCAAGGCACAUUGCAGAUUGGAUUUAUCUAAAUUGGUCUCUGUCAUUAUUUUGCUUUAAACCUAUAAUGAUAGAUGACCAUGUAGUAUUUUCAGUUCAUUGUCAUGGGAAAUUUUGCAUGAAUACUAUGAUGUUUCUCAUAAAAACAAUUCAGAGUGGCAGAAGUAAAAUUGCAAUCCUUUCUGUUCUUUCUUUUCUUAGUUUAUUCCCCAGAUAUGCCUUCUCGGCUUCCAAUCCAAGACAUAUGUGCUGGACUGGUUACAAGUAUUGGCACAGCAAUACGAUACUGGUUUCACUAUACACUUGUGGCCUUUGCAUGGUUAGGAGUUGUACCUCUUACAGCAUGUAAGUAUCUCAUUUUGUGGACGUAUAAUAUGCAUAUGGCUGAGCAGUACAAGAGGGAGGGGAAACGUUUUAUUGUCAGGGAGCUCUCAGAACCAUGGUUAACAGUAAGCUAGUUAAGGGGCAAAGUAUUAGAAGCUCCAACCUUCAUCAUAUCCAGUUCUUAAUCACUGAAUUUCAGAAAAAGCAGCUAUGAAUGCUGUGUGCAUAAUUCUUCAAAGGUGAUUGGAAAACACAAACAUCACUAGUGUUUGCACAGAGAACAAUGCUUCACCUGGACCUUUUAAGCUGCCUUCUAAGGCACUUUGUGUAGGAGUUCACAGUAAGUUUGCUUUUCUUCUAGUUUAGCCAUGUUGGUAUUAUAGAUGCUGACAGAAUGGCAAGAGCUGGAUUUCCUCUUGCCUGUGUUAAAAUUCUUAUAGACUGUAGUCUUAGAUGUUAAUUGGCGAAAAGAUGGUGAAGGUUAUUCUCUGGCUUGCAUGUGCCUUUUAAUCCUCACAGCUUUAACAGUUUCUUCUACUGUGGUCUGUUUGCCUGCAUCUCUUAGAAUCAUAGAGUUGGAAGGGACCCCAAUGGUCAUCUAGUCCAACCCCUUGUGAUGCAGGAAUCUCAACUAAGCCAUACAUGACAGAUGGCCACCCAACCUUUGCUUAAAAACCUCCCAAGGGAAUCCAAGUCCUACCCUCCAGAGUAGGAAAAACAAGCUUGCUCCAUUUUCCAUGUGACAGCCCUUUAGAUAUGUUUAGAUGGGAAUCAUAUCUGUUCUCAGACAUACCCAACUCCCUCAGCUGUUCCUCAUAAGCCUUGGUUUCCAGAUCCUUUAUCUGACCACGUUCCAGCUUGUCAAUAUCCUUCUUAAAAUGUGUUGCCCAGAACUGGACACAGUACUCCAGGUGUGGUAUUUGCAUAUGUUCCCAGGUUCUACAAGAAACAUCUGUAGCAACUUUGUUAAAGUUAAGAAUAGUUUGGGUAAUUGGAUCGAAUAUGAUUCUCUGUUCCUUUGAAAUCACACAUAGAUGCAAAUGCUCACAGAUUCUAAAAUAUUCACUGCUUAAGAACCUGAUACAAGGAAGUUUGGAGCUUCUGAUGCCUUUCCCCUAAAAAUUAUCUUAACGUGCUAUUAACGAGACAGCUCUGGUUGCCCUAACAGACGAUCUCCGUAGACAGCUGGAUGGAGGCGGGUCGGGACUGGUGAUUCUUUUAGAUUUGUCAGCAGCCUUCGACAUGGUCGAUCAUGAUCUUCUGGACCACCGCCUCGCAGACGUGGGGAUACAGGGCAUAGCCCGUAACUGGCUGUGCUCUUUUAUCUCUGGUCGGGGACAGAGGGUGGCACUAGGGAGGGAAAUGUCGUCGCGCCACUCCUUGGUGUGUGGAGUGCCGCAGGGCACAAUCCUCUCACCAAUGCUUUUUAACAUCUUUAUGCGCCCCCUUGCCCAGAUUAUCCGGAGCUUUGGGCUGGGUUGUCACCAAUAUGAUGAUGACACUCAGCUCUAUCUGCUGAUGGAUGGCCACACCGACUCGGCCCCGAACACACUGACCAGAUGCUUGGAAGCUGUGGCUGGAUGGUUUCGUGGGAGCCGAUUGAAACUAAAUCCUUCGAAGACAGAGGUCCUGUGGCUGGGUCGGGAUGGCAUGGGGAUGAGGGACCAACUCCCUUCUCUUGCGGGGGCCCAAUUAGUGCCAUUGCCUUCUGUUAAGAGUUUGGGUGUAAUCCUUGAUGCCUCCCUUUCCAUGGAGGCGCAAGUUACAGCAACAGCCAAGGCGACAUUUUUCCACCUUCGCCGCAUCAAGCAGUUGGUCCCUUACCUUUCCCGCCCCGACCUGGCCACAGUGAUCCAUGCGACGGUCAUCUCCAGGCUUGACUACUGUAAUUCGCUCUACGCAGGCUGCCCUUGAAGCUGUCCCAGAAACUCCAGCGGGUGCAGAAUGCUGCAGCGAGGCUCCUCACGGGGUCUCUGCCAUGGGAGCAUAUUCACCCAGUGCUUUUCAAGCUGCACUGGCUCCCGGUGGAGUACAGGAUCAGAUUUAAGGUGCUGGUUUUGACCUUUAGAGCCCUUCACGGCCUAGGACCCUCGUACCUACGGGACCGUCUCUCCCGGUAUGCCCCACGGAGAGCCUCAAGGUCCAUAAAUAGCAACACCCUAGUGGUCCCGGGCCCUAAGGAAGUUAGAUUGGCUUCAACCAGAGCCAGGGCCUUUUCAACUCUGGCUCCGGUCUGGUGGAACGCUCUGCCUCAUGAGACCAGGGCCCUGCAGGAUCUGAUUUCUUUCCGCAGGGCCUGUAAAACAGAGUUGUUCCGCCUGGCCUUUGGCUUGGAGCCAAUUUGAUUCCCUCCCUCUCUUUAUUUUUUCUUUUCCUUCUCCUCCUGCGAUGAGGCUACAUUUUAAUAUUUUAAUGUUUCAAUAUUUUAAUGUUGUAUUUUUAAUUUUGUUUUUAAGUUGUAAUCAUUUAACUUGUUUUUAUUAUUGCUUGUAAGCCGCUCUGAGCCCGGCCUUGGCUGGGAAGGGCGGGGUAUAAAUAAAAAUUAUUAUUAUUAUUAUUAUUAUUAUUAUUAUUAUUAUUUGAAAUCAAGGUCUGAAGCAAAUGGAACUUUUUCCAGACUUAAGGGAUGAGGGAUUGGUCUGCAAGAACACACUCCUCUCCACCCCAAACCUGGUUUGAAUUCCCUCAUCUUACUAGGCUUGUUACUGAAGCAUUGUUAACCUGUUAAAAUGAACUUUAGGAUGCUUCUAACUCCCCCAAAGAACCCAGGUUUAAUUGGCGGAAACUGCAUUUUAUUGUCAAUUUUUACUCCUUUAGGCCGUAUCUACAAGUGCUUGUUUACUGGCUCUGUGAGCUCACUACUGACACUGCCAUUAGAUAUGCUGUCAACGUAAGUAUUGGCUAAUAUUAUAGAUAUUUCUACGAAAUUAUUUAUUCCUCUUUAUGGUCCAGUCUGUGUGUUUUAAUAUACUGUAAGUGAACAAAUUUAAUAACUAGCCUGGGAAUAGUGCUUCUGGGUAAUUCAGUAAUAGAGAAAGCGAUCACUGUACAAAAUAAAUAUUUUCCAGUUUUAGUAUGAAUAAAAUAUGUUUUUGUAUAUAGCCUCUGCUUUAAUCUAUCUGUGUGAAAAGAUACCACUUUUGUUUUGUGAAAAUGUAAGUAUUCACAUGUAGGAUCCCAGCCUAACUUGUCUUAAGAUGAGACUGUCUGCUUCUCUGCCUGGCCAGUACAGCAGUUAUUCAGCUUAUGCUUGUAGAACACACUACAUUAUUAUGUACAUUUUAAAAGUAUUGUUUAUUUUAAUUGUUUGAGAGCCCGUAGCAGAAAGGCAACCUUUUAAUUAAAAAUAAAUAGUAUCUUGGAAUGGAAUAGAAAAUUCAUGCAAAAAAUUAUAAUGUAGAAAUAAAAUGAGAUGUAUUUAUUUAUCAGUGUAUUAAAUAAUUGAGCUUAAUGCAAAAAUAUACAGGGAAGCUAUCUAUGGCCUGUAAUGAUCCCCAGUGUUAAUUCCUACAGCAUCUCACCAACCUCUGAUAUCUUACUCAGUGCACUUUUCUGUUCAGCUCAAAACCUCCAGGACGUAAUAAAUAAUAAAGUAAAAGAAAGUACCGGUAAAUGUCUUACACUGCCUUAUUUUAAAUGCUUCAUCACAAAAUAAAGGAUCAGAUUAGUAUCAUCAGGUGAAUGAAGAUGCUGGAGAAACUUCUAAGUGAUAAUUUUGUGCAGAUAGCAAGUAGCUUGAGAUCAGCAUGACACAUUGAAUAGAUUUAAAUUGAAAUAACUAAAGGCUUCCACAGCGAGAUCUUCUACUGGAGAUCUUGACUUGUUCUUUUGUUCAAAAUCAAGUAAAUUUGGUACCAUUAAGGAGGUCUUACUUAAGCGUGGGUGACUGAUUGCAGAGUGAGUCGACAAUGAUGUUGCAUUUGGAACGUAACAGUUGUGAUAAUGAGUGUAAAGAAUGUGUUGGUUGUCUCUUCAAUAGAGAGAAUUUACUGGCAGACUGUUUGCAAGGUUGUUUUGUGGUGACGUGCACACUCUGUGCAUUUAUCAGCCUUGUAUGGUUACGUGAACAAAUUGUCCACGGAGGAGCACCACAGUGGCUGGAACAAAAUCAGCAGCAAGCCAUCAAUGGUGUUGGGCAACAGAAUGAGGUAAUAUGUCCUUCAGUUUUUCAGUUGUAACUUUCAGCUUGAAUUCCUCUCUGUUGCACGUUAGCUUUUUCUCUACUCCCCGCCCCCACCCCCCAAUAUAGAAUUGUCUAACACUAGGUAGAUAAAUACACAUAUCCUGUUGCAUAAUGCAUUCUUCUGGCAGAAGCUUCAUUGACUUGUGGAUUGCACUUAGUACCAGCAACUUUCCUACUGCAGUGGUACCUUGGGUUACAAACUUAAUUUGUUCCAGAGGUCCAUUCUUAACUGGAAACCGUUCUUAACCUGAGGUGUGCUUUCGCUAAUGGGGCCUCCCACUGUGCCAUCACUGCACAAUUUCCGUUCUCAUCCUAGGGCAAAGUUCGCAACCUGAGGCAACUACUUCCGGGUUAGCAGAGUUUGUAACCCGAAGCGUUUGUAACCCGAGGUAUCACUGUAUAGUGUUUUGUUCUGUACCUUUAUCAGAUAUCUUAAGAGUCUUUGAAUGACUGCAUUCAGAUAGAUCAUUAAGCUGUGCAACACUGUUUGUGAAACUGACAUAGCAGCUGUAAUACCAGAAAUAUUUAGCAGGAUAUUUGCAACAGGAGAUAAUGUGCCUUAUUUCUACAAGAAAGAUCCUAGCUUAGGAUGCUGAUAUUACAGAGGUGUCUGUAGAAAGUUGUGUAGUGUAGUCUCCAUGGUUUUACUUCUAAAGGUGCAUAUGUUACAAGUUCUAUUCCCUGUCCUGUUUUCACAGUAAGGAUAUGAGAGCAAAGAGGGAACAUGUUAAACUCCUUGUUAUUGCCUCAAAAUCUGAGAUCAACAUCUAAAGUAGCAUCUGGAAGCUAAUCUAAAACAUGGUUCUUCUCAAUUAUCACAGUGAAAUGGGGUCCCUCCCCCUUCAGCCUGCAUCAUCUUUCUUUAAACACCCGGAAUAAUUUUCCUAUUUUAGACUGUACCUGCCCAGGCUUGAUCAGAUUGAAAAGACUGGCAUCCUCUGAAUUUUUGAGAAUAGAUUUAUUCCAGUUGCUCCUCUUCACCUCUCAGUUUAAGAUGCUGUUCCCCAGGGAAGUCACUCAGGUACAUCCUGAGAAAUGGACUUUAUUUGCUGUAGCUAAUGUCUCAUACAGGUAUGGAUUUGUGUAUAUCAGGGAGACCAAGCUGCAGAUGUUUCUGACAAGCAGAAGAUACCACAAUGUGUUGAUAUUUUAAUAAGCAUCUUGCUCUGGGGCAAGGCAGUCUUUACAGUCUUUACUAGAUUCCUUGUAGCCAUCUUUCUAGAUAGGAUAAAGUUGGACAAAGAAGGAAAUCAUAAUUUUUAAUGGACAUUAGUUUUCACUCCAUGGCAGUAGAGGCCUGCCACACACUCAACCAUCUUUGUUUUAUCUAACAAUUUUCAUGCACACGAAGCUGACGCUUACAUGCUUUAUUAAAACAUUUCUUUAAAUUCUGAAGAGCUGUAUCAUUCUCACCUUCUAUUAUUUUUUUUUUUUGCAAAUGUAUGAUAAAAACAAUUUAAAUGAAUUUUCUUAACACUCAAAUGUGUUGCCUGACAUUUCUAAUGAUGCAGGAACUCAUCAUAGUAUAGCAGAAUUCUUUAAAUUGUGUGGGUUUUUUCCUUCUGUGCCAGGUUCAGGGUGUUGGAAAUGGUGGUGCUGAAAACGCUGCACUUGACCAGCCUGCAGACCAGCCAGCUGAGAAUGCAGUUGUAGGUGAAAAUCCAGAAAUCCAGGAAGAACAACCAGAUGAAGAAGAGGAAGACAAUGAAGAUGAAGAAGAUGUUGUAGUAGAAGAUGCUGCAGAUGCCAACAAUGGAGGACAAGGUAUAUUACUUACUUUUUAACGACCAUAUUUGUACCCUGUUCCAGGAUAAUAGGGUUGUGUUUUAGCUAUUUGAUUUCAUGACUUGCUUCCUGGAAAUUUGUAAAACCUGCCACACAUCAGUAAAAUGCAAACUUGGCCUUAUGUUUCCUUAUGUGAACCUUAAAAAACCAAUCCAUUGUAAUUUGGUGAAUUGUGGGAACAAUGCAUUAGGUUUUCAGGGUGGUUGGUUACACUUAACCUACUACAAGCAACAAACUUGACAACCAUUUUAUCUGAACAUGCAGAACAUAUUUUAUUUUAUUGUUAAAACACUUGUGUACCUUAAAUUGCCCGUAAGAGGCCUGUCCAGUUAUUCAGUGUUACUACCCUGGUUGAGCUUUACUUCUAGCUAUUUUAAAAUUUAAUUAUCUGUUUAGAUGAUAUGAACUGGAAUGCUUUGGAAUGGGAUCGAGCAGCAGAAGAGCUUACAUGGGAGAGAGUGAGUAAGGACUAUAUAUUUUGGAAAUGCUGUUUGCUUUGAGUCAUUCAGACAUGGUAUGGCUUUAAUAAUGUCCAUGAUCUUGGAACCAGUUCAGGAUGCUUUUCUGUACUUUGACCUUGGACAGAUAUAUCUGAACCAGCAUCCACUACCAUGGCCUUUCCUCAUAGCAGGAAACCAUGGUUGUUGAAUGAUAGGAUGAUGGCUCCUUUUUAACAAGGAAAGCGUUCUGUGGGGUGGAUGUGGUUGAAAUGGGUAUGUUUGAGAGGAGAAAUAUAUAGUGUGAAAAAGCUGCUUGUGAAGACAAAUUGGGAAUUGGGAAGUGGUGAACAAUGACAAAAUUGAGUGUCCCCUUCCCCCAUGCUGCUUCUCUGAUCUCAGUUACCUCUUGAAGUUACAAAAGAAAAAGAGGUUUCAGAGGUGGCAUGCCAUGCUUUGUCAGAGUAAAAUUCAUUUUUCUUGCGUAACUAGGCAACUGUGUUCCUAGUUCCUGUGUAUCACUGCUUAAUACAGUUUCUUAAGGCACAUGGCAGUCCUUGGAGAAUAUAGAAAAAAUAUUGUCAAGGUUAUUUUGAGAGAGAUUUCAAAGCCGGCAGUCAUGAAUGAUUUCUGUUGGACAUCUAGAAACUCAUGUGAGCUUUCACACACACACACACACACACACACACACACACACACCCUCAUUUGUGUGAGCUGUUAUACCUACCACUUAACAUUUUAUUCUGUUGCACUGCAGAGAACAUAAAAGUAACACAUUUCCUAUAUGUGCUAAAUUCUUUGAACUUGGUCCACAGUUUUAAGCUAGUUAUAUAUUUAGGGAAUCCCCUAAGCACCAGCUGUUUGGCAGGUGUGUGCAGGUUCAUGUAACAUCUGACUGGUGGAUCUUAAAGCUUAUUCUUAUAUGAGUUUGACUCAUUCUUCUUAUCUGUUCUUUGCCACAGUAUUGCCUGGCAGCAGAUCCAGCCUGACAUUGUCAAGUUUGAAAAGCUGCUGCCUAAUUGUCCCAGUUGGAUGAACUGGCUAGAUAGCCAUGUAGUGAGGAAUGGCAUAAGGGCAGGGCUAAACAGACCAUGCCAACCUGCUCUUCACUAAAUCCUCUUUCCAAAAAUGUGAAAAAGUGGAAGAGAGCCUAGGGGACUUUGUGGUUCCCUGCAACCUCUCCCACGUAUUGUAAAAAAUGAUGGGGGAUAACAGGUCCUUGACGCUUCAGAGACUGCUGAAUCUUACGUGAAUGUAGAUUAUUCUGGUUACUGACAGCAAAAUCAUCUCUUACUUCUAGAUGCUUGGACUUGAUGGAUCCCUAGUUUUUUUAGUAAGUGAAGCUUUAUUGCACUAAAACUCUGUAGUUGGAUUGUGUCUCUCAUCAUCUGUUUGUCUUCUUGAUCUAUAAUCUUCAGUAUAUUUUCUUACUAUAUCAGAUACUUUCAGUUCAUUUUAUUACUGAAUCAGAAGAAGUAAUAGGACCUUUAUUCCUGUGUGAUUAUGCUAGGCAUUUUUUGGGGGAAAUGUGCUUUAUAUUGUGUCUCUGUGAAAAUUUGAACCUGCAAUAUCCUUUGUCCUGUUAGGAGGAAAACUAAUACACAUGGGCCAAAAAUUAUUAUUAAUUUUUAUUUGAGAAAAUCUUUAACAUUUCAUUACCUACAAAUUAGUGGCAAAAUGGGGUGAUUGAUGAGAACACAAGAUAAGAAAUUAAAGUUAUUUCUCAAAUACUUUGAUAUUGCCAUUUCUGAAGUGUUUCCCUCUUUCUUUCUUAGGAACAUGUAUUCUGGGUGGUGUCAUUAAACACACUGUUCAUACUUGUCUUUGGUAAGUGACUGCAUUUACAGUUCUUUCAGGAUAAUUGCUGUGCAUAUGGGCCCAAAUUAGAGUAGAGCUGGAUUAGUUUAAAGCAACAUUUCUGUAAUAUUCUCAAGAGACAAAAUUCUGAUUUUCUUUGCAUGCGUAUCCCAAUGUGCUAUGUUUCCAGUAAUCAAACUAAAAGUUUGGUUGCCUGUGAAAGAAUCUGUACAUUAAGAAAGCACUUGAAAUAUUUCAAAUUUCUUUUGUUUUAACAUGUGUAAGUCUGUGUAAAUGACAGUACACAAAUUGACAGUAUCAAUUUGACAUCACAGCCCUAACAUCUUAGAAUUAUUUUUUAUUUUACUUACCAGAGGUAUCCCUUAGCUGAACAAGUGAAGCAUGGAGUGCUUUUGUAGUGUUUUAUAGAUGGAUUAGAUAACAGUAGAAGAUGAUUUCAGUAAUGGCCUCCUGUUUAUGUCAGUCUGCCAUCAUUUUGUGACUGGUGGGGACCUCUGCCAACUUGUGGGCCCUAGGGGUAGAAUGAUGGAAAACUUUUUGUGUAGCUUUUGUGUAGCUGGCUGAACGGAUAACACAUAAAGAUUUCUAUCCUUUUGCUAGCUCAUUAAAAAUUAUUUUAAGCCACACAUCAGAGAAUUGUUGAAAAGAGUAAACUCCAUUAGGUUUUUUUUCUUCCUUCUCCCUUCUAGCGUUUUGUCCCUAUCAUAUUGGUCACUUCUCUAUUGUUGGGCUAGGCUUUGAAGAAUAUGUAAGUAUAUCAUUUAUUUAUUUAUUUAUUUAUUUAUUUAAGCAUUUAUUUAAAACUCAACAUGCGGGAGACAAACUACACAGUUUGUCCCACAACAUGACUUUUGCAGAAAGCAGCAGCAGGGUUUUGCUGCUGCUGCUGCUGUCAUUGCCCACAAAAGCUCAGCAGGAAGGGAUAGAAAUCACCCCUUGUUGAAAGGAGUAGUUUAUUUCCCUCCCAAUGAGACUUAUACGGAAGGCAACCACAGCAAGGUGCUUCCACCUUUUGCAAAAGUCCAACCCAAAGCCUCUCUUACUCAAGUUCUCUGCAUAUACUAUAGGACUUGGGAAAGAGGAAGAAUUGGUGGCAACCACAAAGUAUGGCUUAGCCAGUAAACCAGGCCAAAAUUUGUGGAACUGUAUAUGGAAUAUUAAAUCCUUCUUCAUGUGUGAACCUGUAUUUUAAACCAAGCUUUAUUUCUGAGACUUCUGAUUCUAUCUCAUUCACAGUAAUAUUCCCCACCCCCCAUUAACAGUGAUCUUGUUAUGUUGGAAAUAUGUGACUCCUUCAUAGAUAACAGUUAAAAUUUGUGAUUGAUCCAUGGUAGCUGGCUGGGGAUGGUGAGGUUGGAAGUAUAAAAUAAUGAUGAUAACAUGCAAAUAUCAACACAUUUUGGUAGUCACAAGUGGUAUUGAAAUAUUUUAUUCUACCCUAUCAGUGUACUUGGUGCUUUACAAACCUUCGAAAGCAAAAAUGACAGAUUUUUACUCCAAGGAGUUCACAGUCUAAACAUGUUUUUGUUUUCUUUAGGUUCAAGCAUCUCACUUUGAAGGCCUAAUCACGACAAUAGUUGGCUAUGUACUGCUGGCAGUAUCACUAAUAGUUUGUCAUGUAUCCUUUCAUAAGUACUGACUGCACAUGUUUUCAGUGUUUGAUCUAUGGAUGGUCAUUGUUAAGUACACAGGGUGGAAUUCAGUGUUGCACUAUGAUGAACAUUUUGUCUCCACAAGCAUUUCAGCUUGCUAGAUGGUGCAAUCCCUCGUGUGCUAUUUUUUGGGUUCCCCCAACCCCCAGAGACAGUCUCAGGUGCGUGGGGAGGAGAGGGGAGAAAGCCCCAUUGCAUAAGUGGAAGUCCUCAUUCAGGGCCUCUGCUGAUGGGGCUGGGUAGGUGAAUCACAACCUUUGCCUAAGAAACAAUGAUUUUAUGCUCUUUAUCUCUUUAUGGGAGCAGUGUGGGCGCACCAUUGGGAAACUCAUAAUUGUAAGUAAGAUAUUAGGAUCAUUCUGUAGGAUUGGAGCAACCUCAUUCCUGUUGAGGCACAAAUUCCUUCUACUCUUGCCCUGAUUUCUUACAUCAGUAGCAGUGUUAACCACUGUCAAGCUUACCAGGGUUCCUUCUUAAGAAGGCUUUCGUACUCCAAAACCUGAUUCCAAGUUUUAGUUAAGAAGGAACUCUUGAUAACUUUUAUCAUUAACAAUGUUGGGGUUGGUGUAAGAAUUAAGAGCGGGUCUGGGCAAAGGAAGCGUGCGUUCCUGUGGUCGAUUUCAGAUCUCCCAACUGUAGUUAAGGGGUACCAAGUGUUGGGUCCACAGUGACCAUAUGUGUUUGUGAGGAAUAUCUUAUGGUUUUUAAACAUUGCUUAAAUCUAUUUGUUGUUGUUGUUGUUUAGUCGUUUAGUCAUGUCCGACUCUUCGUGACCCCAUGGACCAUAGCACGCCAGGCACUUCUGUCCUCCACUGCCUCCCGCAGUUUGAUCAAACUCAUGCUGGUAGCUUCAAGAACACCAUCCAACCAUCUCAUCCUCUGUCGUCCCCUUCUCCUUGUGCCCUCCAUCUUUCCCAACACCAGGGUCUUUUCCAGGGAGUCUUCUCUUCUCAUGAGGUGGCCAAAGUAUUGGAGCCUCAGCUUCACGAUCUGUCCUUCCAGUGAGCACUCAGGGGUGAUUUCCUUAAGAAUGGAUACGUUUAUCUUCUUGCAGUCCAUGGGACUCUCAAGAGUCUCCUCCAGCAUCAUAAUUCAAAAGCCGGCAAGCCACUCCAGUAUCCCUGCCAAGAAAACUCCAUGGACAAAGACAACAGGCUUAAAUCUAUAUUUAAGUGAAUACUUUCCCCUUGAACCAGUUUCCUACUUCCAGGCUUCUAGUUGCUCAGUACUCAUUCCUAUGAACUUCUUCUGCAUUCUGCUUCACAAAUCAGUAUUUCACUUUCCUUGACCAUAUUUAUACAGGGCUUGGCAGCACUUGUAAAAUUUCAGAGAUCACGUCGCUUGCUUGGAGUUUGCUAUAUAGUUGUCAAGGUAUUCUAGCCUUAAAGAGCAGGUCUAUUUAAUAUAACAAAUCAAUAUUCAGUAGUUGGUCCAAAUAAAAAAAUCAACCUGUCUUUCCCCCUCUGCAGGUGUCAUUGUUAGUGGUGGUAGAAAUUGGUGUUUUCCCCCUCAUCUGUGGCUGGUGGCUGGACAUAUGCUCUCUGGUAAGAUUAGCAUUUAUUAGGAGACAGACAUUUAUCACUGCAUUCUAAGGGGCAGUCAGGAGGAGGGUUGCUUAUGUAGGUUGUGUCUGUUAAAUAGGACCAUUAAUGCAAAAAGAAGUUAUGACUAUUAAGAAAUUAUCGGACCCAUCUUUUUGCAGCGGAAGUGCUGUUCUGCUGGUGGAGAAGAGAGAGUUAAAGGGUCCACUGCUGUCCUGCUAGUGAUGGAGGCAAAAACCAGCUGUGUAAAGGGAGGUAGUGAGUCCACAGGAUCCUAAGCCUCCUUGUUCUCCAGGCAUAGUUCAAACAGGUUAUUAUGACUAUUAUGAGAUUAAAGGAACAAUCCUAUGCUUCCCAGGAAGGAUGCUGGAAUCGAGGUAGUUAAUCCCCUCCCAUUGCAUUCAGUUUGGCAGAGGAGGAUGGGUGGAAGAAAAUGGAAUAUGACAGCGGGGAAUCCAUCCCCAUCUCCUGGCCUGGCCUCAUUGAGCCUGCAAGACAUAGGAAGUGGCAGUAGCCCCGUCACAGAUUCUCCCAUCUCCCCCUACCAUCUCCAUAAGGUUGUUGCACCUUAAUCGUUAGCUAGUUUUGCUGCAAAUGUGGUUGACCAUCUCCAAAGACUACGAAUCCUCCAUCUCCAAUAGCUUUCUUAGUGAUUUUAUACCAAAGGUGAUUCAUUUUAAAAGGCUACAGUUCUGUGCUGAAAACUGACAUAUAUAAGCUAUGGAAAAUCUUAUAGAAUAUACUGCUGUCUGUUAAGAUUUAUUGUGCAAGGGCUGCAUUAUUUUUUCACCAUUGCUAAAUGCUGUCUACAAAUAUAUAUUUAGAACUUCGCUGUUAUGUACAAAUAAAAGAUGAUGCAAUUUUACUAGUUGCUGAGAGUUAAAAAGAAUUACUUCCCUGUUUUAAUUUUUUCAUAGGAAAUGUUUGAUGCUACUUUGAAGGAUAGAGAAUUGAGCUUUCAGUCAGCCCCCGGCACUACAAUGUUCUUACACUGGCUAGUGGGAAUGGUGUAUGUCUUCUACUUUGCUUCCUUCAUUCUCUUGCUGAGAGAGGUAUGGUUUGACUGAAGUGUGAUUUUCUAAAACCAUAUGUUGUAAGAAUGUGGCUCUGGAAUGGCUAAUGUCAUCCGCAUUUCUGUUUUUGUGUUCAUCUCUGUUCACCAGCCUUUGCUGACAGGUAAUAAUUGAUAGGGUGGGACAAGGUGUUGCCCUACAACUUGUACUGGCUUAAUAAAGAGUGUCAGUCUUGUAUAUGCUUGCUAUUCUGCAGCAGAACAAGAGCAGUCCCAACGGCUGCUGCUUGCAGAUUCUAUGUGUGAGCGAAAAUUGCACAAAUUGCUUGUAAGAGCAGGCAGCAGAGUUGGCUGCUGGGGGGGAACUGCAGGGAACCAUCUCUUGCUGAGCCAUGGCCGGCUGUGUAAGAACAUGCAUCGUAUAGCUGAAGGUGUAGGGGGUAUUUCAUGCAGACACUGCUUCUCGGAACUGAAUGUGAGAACUGGGAACCCUCAAGGUCCCCCCCCCCAUGCAUAGAACCUCUGCACCUUGUGGUCCAUGUGCCAUUGGCUGAAGGACAGGAAUAGGCCUAGUAAGCCAUGGAAGGGGAGGGGGGAAUUGACAUGAACAGAGGGAGCAUGAGAGCCAUGUUCGACACAAUUCAGCCGUGUAAUUCUCUUGGACAUAACUCAGCUGUUUUUAAACCAGUUUGAGAGGAGGUAGGUAGUGUUUUGGUUAACAUGCAGACCAUAUUGAACAUAAAUGAGGAGUCUUUAAGGUCUCUAUAAUGUUAAUUUACUGGGGGAGAAAUGUCAAAACUUGUAAUCCUUCAAAUGUCAACCUACUUAUACUUAUUUUUCUUUCAAAUGUUAAUAUUCUCUUUUCAGGUACUGAGACCUGGCGUCCUCUGGUUUUUGAGGAACUUAAAUGAUCCAGACUUUAAUCCAGUUCAAGAAAUGAUUCACCUGCCUAUUUAUAGACAUCUCAGGAGGUUUAUUUUAUCAGUGGUAAAUACAUGUUUCCCGUUUCUCUUCAAAAAGUUUAUAUUUUUAUAGCAACUAAUGUUUUCUAUUCAGUUACUAUUUAGAAUUUUAAUGUUUGUUUCUCUGUUUAUUAGCAAACAAAAUAACUAACUGCAUGUAAAGAUAUUGGGUUGUAUUCAGUUCAUGUUUACAUAGAGUAGACACAUUGAAAUAGACCUGAAUCUUGGUAACUAAUUUCAGUUAAUCUAUUCUGAGUUAAAGUUAGUUGAAUACAACCCAUGGGGGCCAGAAGUCUCUUUUCCUUUCUAUAAAUAUUUGCUGGUAUCAUAGUUUUCUUCUGUGUAACUUACUGAUGAAAUAAGUUUCACUUGUAUCAAUAAUACAGAAGUAUGAUGAUUCAGCAAGAACGAGCUUAGACUGUUCAGCAGUGCCAAGGAAAAGUAGAUCAUGUUACAGGAAAAUAACAUAAAUGUUACUUAAAAGCAAGUAUGUGGGGCUUCUUGUGUGGAAAAUGUCUAAUCUUCAGGUCACUUAGAUUACUAGCAAGCAUACAAUUGCAGAGAAUAAUAUUUUGUUACAACAAUAUAUUAUACUCCAAGCAGACAUGGCACAAGACAUUUUGGUUCCUGGGGCAAAAUAUCCAAUCCUUUUCAGCUUGCUGCCCCAAAAAUUGAUGCUGGGAGAAGAGUCAGAAAUAAAUCCAGUGGCUUCAGUUUUAUAGAUUGUCUAAAAUUUAGUGCGUACAUAUCCCAGGCAGAAGUGACAACCCAGCCUAAAUAGUAAACAUUCCUGAUUCAUUUUCCAAUAAUUUUGUAUCCAGAUUUUGACGUAAAUAGGUUUUUCCCUUUGAUAACCCACAUCUACAGAUAAAUUAUCCAAGUGCCAAUGCAGACACUAUAUUUAGCCAGUUCUUUUUCUCUUUGGCAUCUCAUAUUAGUAGCAGGCCCAUAAUGUAACUUGUGAGCCAGAAAAUUCCAAAAUGUACUUUCAGGUUGUUGCAAUGGAGCUCUGAUUCAUAGAUUCUCUGAUUCAUGGAUAGCUCUGAUUCAUGGAGCUUAUUGAUUCAUAGAUUAUGUUGCUUAGGUAUGUGAACAACUUGUGCAAACUGAAAAGAAAAAAAGAAGAAACAAAACAGUUUUUUGAUGCGGGGAGUUAUCAAAACCAUAGUUUGCAAGACUAGAAACAAUCAGCUAGCUAGUAUGCUCCCUCUUCUCCUAGCUUCCAUGUCUUGGGCUAACCAUGGUUUACCAUGGCAUUCAGAAAUUAAUGUGUUACUGGGCUGGCUCUCAGACAGGAGCUCAUACCUGAUUUGCUCCUCCUUAGGCUUUUUAGGUCAUCUUGGGGCAACAGUUAAGCCAAGGGAUUGUGGUUAAGGUCUCUCCUUCCUAAGCACCAUCUGUGGCCAAGAUUUGUUCUAUGAUUGCAGGUUUUGGAUAAGGAGGAAAGGCGUUAACCAUCAUGUCAGGUUUAGACAACACACUAAGCCAAACCUUUGCUUAGCUGUUACCUAAAAACCUCACUGAGGAACAAAGCAGUUUUGAUCUGCUCCUCAGGAACCAGCACAUUCACUCUGCUAUGGUUUGGCCUAGCACGAUGUGCAAAUGUGGCAUAUGGCUAGCUAGCACUUGUUCGCAACAAGAAUGGGAAAUCAUGGCUUGAAAAUGGUUGCUGAGUCUUACUGUUAAGUUCAGUGCUGGCCAGAUUGUUCUGAUUUCAGUGUCAUGGCAAACUAUGAUUAGCAGCAGAUAGGAACAGAGAAUGCACAGAGCAGAGGAGGAAGUGCACAACCUCAUAACUUGUUCAUGAUUGUCCAGUCCAUGCAUUUUGCUAGUGUAUAAAUAGACUUUAAAUUAAGGCUAUCACACAGAGUAUCUUCCUCGUUGCAGAUUGUCUUCGGGUCGAUCGUCUUGCUCAUGCUUUGGCUUCCUAUACGAAUUAUUAAAUAUCUGCUGCCUCAUUUUCUUCCAUAUAAUGUAAUGCUUUACAGGUAAUUUAUUUUUGGAAUAUUUUCUGUCUUCCAUAGUAUGUUCUCUUACUGCAAAUGCAUAUGUGCAUAUUUUUAACAAACAGUUGGCUGUGUAGCUGUAAACUUUGUUCCAGUAUACCAACUACAGUGGUACCUCGGGUUACAUACGCUUUAGGUUACAGACUCCACUAACCCAGAAAUAGUACCUUGGGUUAAGAACUUUGCUUCAGGAUGAGAACAGAAAUCGAGGCGUGGCGGCAGCGGGAGGCCCCAUUAACUAAAGUGGUGCUUCAGGUUAAGAACAGUUUCAGGUUAAGAACAGACCUCCGGAACGAAUUAAGUACUUAACCCGAGGUACCACUGUAUACAAUGAUCUUGUUCAGACAUAAUGCUAAACCUUGGGUAUUCAUUACAUGAAUGGUUCUUAGGUUUGUGAGCUUUCUUUCCACUCCUCCGGCAUGGACACAACUAACCACUGUUUGUUAUGUCUGAAUCAGGACAAACUGUUAUUAGUCUUAACUGUACUUUAACUAAACAGACGUAGUUUACAAUCCUAGCUUUUCUAAAUUACCAUUAGGAUUAACCAUAGUUUUGAAUUUGGACAUGAUGAACCAGAUAAAAACAGAUGAUAGCUUCUGAUCUCCUAGUAGCCAGAUCAGUGGUGGUAGAAGAGAAUAUGGAGAGCACAGGGUGAGUUGUUCUAACCAUAGUUCAGUAUUGCUUUCAAACCAGGCAAGAAUCCUAGCUAUAAAACAGGUGGACGACAUUUUUUCUGUUGAGGGCAUGCAUUCAGAUGGUGCUUUUUAUGGUGUUUCAUGUUUCAGUUUUCACUAUGGCCACGUCAAAUUAGAAUUUCCAGUCCUACUCAGAAGUAAACCUUACUUGGUUUGUUGGGGUUACUCUCAAUAAGUAUGCAGAUGAUUUUAAAAAUACAAUAGCUACUGUUUUGGAAAGCAAGUAAUGCCCUUCUGACGUUAGUGUGCUACCCCACCACCUUUCCCUCCAAGUAAUAAAACCAGGGGAAACCAUCAAUUUAUUUUUAUUCAAAUAAAAUACUGUCCUUUACCAUUUACCUGAAACUAGUAAAGGGAAAAGACAGGGAGGAAAUGAGGAAACAAACAGGAAGAAAGGAACUCUAAUGGGAUGGAAGAAUAGGGCAACUUUGGGGGUUACUGGGACUGCACAAAAUGGGGUUGGGAACCAACUUGAGGGAAUGGUAGGAUAUAAACAAACAGUGGCCCUAGGCUGCAGGUUGUUUAAUGCCUUACAGAAUACCAGUUUUAUAUGUAUGUAUAACGGGUAUUUGUUCAUGACAUCCCUGCUUUAUUUGUUUCCCAGUGAUGCUCCUGUGAGUGAACUUUCCCUAGAACUACUCUUGCUUCAGGUGGUGCUUCCAGCUUUGCUUGAACAAGGACACACAAGGCAGUGGUUGAAGGGUCUUGUACGAGCAUGGACUGUUACUGCCGGGUACUUACUGUAAGUGUAAAGAACCCAUAAAGCACAAAUAACCCACAUGUCUUUAAUGUUUUUGGUUGACUAGACAAUAUAAAUGGAAUGUUUAGAUACUGCAGAAUAAGUGUUUAUAGCAAAAAUUCAGAGGUUUGUAAUGACCUAUAUUUUAAAAAGCUACUCUAUAUAAGUGUAUCAAUGGAAAUUGUUGUGCAGCUUUACUAAUAUUUAUCUGUUUGAUGGUUAUACAAGAGGGGAAAUAGUUUCGUUAAUUAAAAACCAUAAUUAUUUUGUUUUUGCGUUCUCUACUCUUACCUAUAAUGCCUCAAAUAGCCUGGGCGCAGCUUCCGAUGUGAUCACCCCAGGUAUAAGAGGCUAAGCUCUUCUAGGUGUCUUGCUCUUUGGAAGUCCAUUUUUGGGGGUGCUCAGUAGUGUCAAUUAUAAAUCUCACUUCCAUGGAACUUCAUGACCUAUUUGAGGGACCUAUUUUUCUCAGGCAGGGAAGGAGGAAGCAACAUAAAAAAAAUUAUAAAUAUAUAUCAAAAUUCUGAUAUAUUAUAAAAUGAGACUUUUAGCUGGUUUCUGCAAUCUGUGAGGGUAGGAAUGACUAAUAAUUUAUGUUCAUAGGAUGUUUGAUGUCAGAGCUUGGUGUGAAAGCUAACCAACUCCUGAAGAAACUUAGCAUGCACACAUACAGAUGAGAGGGAAAACGACCAUCUGAUCCUAAGAUUUGCUCAAUCUUAAUUGCGAAUGGCCUAUGGCCCAAACAUUAAUGAAGUACUACUUCUAAUUAUUUCAAGACUUCAUUCCAUCGGGCUGAAGCCGAGGAAGAACAGGACUAUUUCAUCUUUGGCUCUUUUACUCCUUCUUUCACCAUCUAUCAAUGGCUAUUCCAUCAGGCUACCAGAGCAGUUUCCCUCCCUGCUGUAAGAACUGUACAGUAGACCCUUGGGUUACGUUACUCUCAAGUAAUGUAAGCUUUGGGUUGCUGCUUGCGCAUGGAUCCCCGGAACGAAUUAAGUUCGUAUCCAGAGGGUCCACUGUACCUUAAAAAACUGGUGCUUGAGUUUGUUUUCCUUCUUACCUCCCCAUCGCUUUUACCUUUUGUUUCUGUAUUUUUUACCUUUUUUAUUGUAAGCCUGAGGGAGGGAACUCUUUUGUUUCUUACUGAUGUGCUAGCCGCUCUAGGCUCCUUUUCGGUUGAAGAAGAAUUAAAAAAUGCUUAAAAUACUAAUCAUUAGAUAGGACUAGUUAUCCUGCCCUGUAAGGCUUGGAAUUAGAGAUGUCACUCACAUUGCUUAUUUGAAUCCUAUUCCAUGUAGGGUGUGUGAUCAUCUUCAUUCCAGAUCUGUGAUGUUGCAUUUAGGACUGUUGUUUUUCUUUUGAUGUUCCAAUCAGUUAGUAAUGAGACGUUUGGUUUCAGAACCAUGUAGCAUGUUAAAAACAGUUGUGAAAGCACAACAGAUUUCAGUGGCCUUUGAUAGCUAUUCUGUGCCAUUACAGUGGUACCUCUGGUUGCGGACGGGAUCCGUUCCAGAGCUCCGGUAGGAUCCUGAGGUUUCCGCAACCGGAGGUGCCUGUUCUGCGCACGCGCUUGAUAGACUGCUACUGCGCAUGUGCGUGCGGCGAAACCCAGAAAUAUACUUCCGGGUUUGCUGCGUGCGUAUCCUGAAGGAUACAUAACAAGAGGGGUACCACUGUAUUAUGGUGCUUUUAAUCAUCAUACCUAUACAUUCAUUAAACACUAAUAGGAACAUUUAUGGUAGCCAAGAUGGUUCACAAUUUUUUAAAAAAAUGUUUUUUCAGGGAUCUGCAUUCUUACUUACUUGGAGACCAGGAAGAGAAUGAAAACAAUGCAAACCAACAGCCUAAUAACCAACCUGCUCGCAAUAAUAAUGCCAUUCCAGUUGUGGGAGAAGGUCUUCAUGCAGCCCACCAAGCCAUACUACAACAAGGAGGACCUGUUGGCUUUCAACCUUACCGUCGGCCUUUAAAAUUUCCACUCAGGGUGAGUUGUUCUAACUGUCCAUUUAAAGCAGGGAUGGCUAACCUGUGGCCCUCUAGAUCAGAGUUUUCCAAACUGUGUGUCAUGACAUGUUAGUGUGUCGGCUGCAGUGUGUAGGUGUAUCUUGCGAAUGCUUCCGGGGCUGGAAAGGGGUUAGUUUAACCUCCGGUUUGCAAGUAAAACUGAAUUACUGUGUCAUGAAUUGAUGCACGUCUCAAAAGUGUGUCACCAGCAUGAAACGUUUGGAAAGCUCUGCUCUGGAUGUUGGACUCAACAGCCAUCAGUCCCAGCUCACAUGGUCGGUAGUUAGGCAUGAUGGGAGUUGUAGUCUAGCAACAUCAGAUGGUGGCACAGGUUAGCUAAUCCUGCAUUAAUACAGUGGUACCUCGAUUUACAAAGGCUUCAGGUUACAAACUCCACUAACCUGGAAGAGUUACCUCGGGUUGAGAACUUUGCCUCAGGAUGAGAACAGAAAUCGUGUGCCAGCAGUGCAGCGACAGCAAGAGGCCCCAUUAGCAAAAGCACGCCUCUAGUUAAGAACAGUUUUCAGGUUAAGAACGGACCUCCGGAACGAAUUAAGUUCGUAACUCGAGUUACCACUGUACUUAAUUUAGUUCACUGGCAUCUAGUUAAUUAAUUCCCCAUUUCUCUUCAAUAUCUGGAACAAGUAAUUCUAAAGGCAGUAUUUGUGUGAGUGUUCAGUAUCUUGUUCCCUUCAUUUGCCCAUUCGAUUCUUACAGAAAGGAAUGACUUCCCACCACUCUGGGGCUUAUUGGCAUCACAUAAAGGAACAACGAUAAAAGGGAUGUGUGACUUUUAUUUCAGGAAGUAUAUUAUGGAAGCAGUCUGAAAACAAAAUGUGUAAUUGUAGGUAUUGGGUGUGAUCCUUCACACCCAUAAAGCCACUUUAUGUUCAGUUAGCCUUGAGGUCUGCCUCUCCAGGUUGAAUGUAUAUGUGGAGGUCUAAAAUUCUGUAUCUCAUGGAGAGAAAGCUAACAUGAUUCUCUGAAGACUACAUACAGUAGUUUUCGAGUAAAAAAAUAAAUGCUUAAGAUCCGGGCAUUAGAAGAAUCAGAAGCCUGUUGCUUUGUCAAAAUGCUUUCAGUGACUUCUAGGCACACAGGGUAUUUCAUGAAUAUAUUUUCUACUUUUGACUGCAGGCUCUCAUACAAUUGAAAUAAAAUUGCUAAAUUUUAAGGUGUCUUCCAAAUGUCCUUUUUAUUGCUUUUUUUCUUUGUAAAUAGAUUUUACAAUUUUUCCACUUCGUUUUUGUGUUUUUCAGAUAUUUUUGUUAAUCAUUUUCAUGUGUAUAACACUACUGAUAGCAAGUCUUAUCUGCCUAACGUUACCAGGUAUGUAUUUCACAGUAGCAAGUUGCUGCUGCUUAUUAACAUGUCCUUGUUUAUUUAAUUUUAAAUUGCUUGAAUGGAAAAAUAAAAUAGGAAAAUGUAAUGCAGAAAACAGCGUAUCUUCUGUUGUGUGGACUUUGAAUAUGCUGAUAUUUUUUCAUAAAUCAAUAACUAGACCAGUGCUAUUUCAGUAAAAAUGAAAGUAAAUGGUCAUUUUGGCAUCUUUCAUAUUUACGGUACAUUUGGCUGUUACGGUGUGUGCUUACUAAAAUACCAUGUUGACGCCUUAAAGCUUUUAGAAAUUGCUUCAACUUGCUGACUUCAUAUAAUGUGAAUAUGAAUUUUUAUUGGGCCAGCUAGUUAAUUUAAAGCUACAGUCCUAGGCAUAUUUACUUGGAAGUAAGUCCCAUUUAACAUGGGCAGAUUUAACAUCCAAGUAAAUAUAUGUAAGAUUGGGCUUCCUGCCCCCCCAGUGCCUUAAAUCUUGUAGCACAGCUGAAAAAUUAAAUAGAAGAUAAAACUCUUUUACUUGCCAUGAGCCUGUAGCUCAGGGGCGGGGAAAAUUUUUGGACAACCAGGCCAUAUUUUUAGCUCCCAACCCACCACGCAGUACAACUUUGACAGUUUGCUGGACCUGCCCACCUGUCAAAGUUGACUGGUGGGAUAGAGAUCUGCUUCACCAACAUGCUCCCCACAGGGAAUGUGGUGGUGAAGCAGCACCAAGCAGGAUUGAAAUGAGCAGGAUUUCCCCCCUCCAAACAGCUGAUGAGUAAGGGUUAAAUCCUGCUGCUUUGGCUGCAUGUGACAGUUCCCCAUGGGAAACUGGGGGUGUGUGGCACAGCCAAUGCAUAAUGGAACUCUGCCCAUCUAUUGACCUCACCACCCUUCAGAGUGACAUUAGUUGAUUGACAGGUGGGUGUCGUUUGGGUAAAAUGGCCUUGUGGCCCAAGAUUGGCCCCCGACCUCUGCUCUAACCAUAGGUGGUUUAAUCAAAAUAUCUGUACGUGCAGAUACUGGGGAUGGGGCUAUUCAGUAUGGCCCUGCUAUUUACUCCUAUAUACAACUUCACACAGGGACGCGGGUGGCGCUGUGGGUUAAACCACAGAGCCUAGGACUUGCCGAUCAGAAGGUCAGCUGUUCGAAUCCCCAUGACGGGGUGAGCUCCCGUUGCUUGGUCCCUGCUCCUGCCAACCUAGCAGUUCAAAAACAUGUCAAAGUGCAAGUAGAUACAUAGGUACCGCUCCAGCGGGAAGGUAAACGGCGUUUCCGUGUGCUACUAUGGUUCGCCAGAAGCCGCUUAGUCAUGCUGGCCACAUGACCCGGAAGCUGUCUCCAGACAAACACUGGCUCACUUGGCCGAUAAAGCGAGAUGAGGGCCGCAACCCCAGAGUUGGUCACGACUGGACCUAAUGGUCAGGGGUCCCUUUACCUUUACCUUUACAGCUUCACAUGGGCUAAUAAUACCUUAAGGGAGCUAAACUUAUGUAGUUACUUUGUCUGGAAGUUUCACAUUUUUAUCCUGCCGUUCCCAUAAAGAGUUUGUAGUGGCAUACAUGGUACUCCUCUCUGCCCCCCCUUCCAACUGUUUUCACAACAACGCUCAGGGAGAGGCUGUAGGCUGAGACACCGUGACUAGCCCUAGGCCACACAGUAAGCUUUGUGGCUGGUCAGGAAUUUGAACCCAGAUCUCCUGAUGCAAGCACCAAAUAACCACCGUCCACAUCUCUUUUCUAAAGAAAAAUGAAUUCAGGCACUAUUUGUUUGGUACACAUCAUUUUAACAGUUAUCAUUGUCUUUGGGUGAACUUAAAGCAGGGAUUGUUUUUGACCUGACUUUUGUUAGCUCCUGAAGUGGGGCAAAUGCUUUGCAGAUUUUAGUGAACUUGGUUUUUCUUUGUGCAAGGUGGUUAAUAAAUUUAAUACUGGGGUUAAAACAAAAUUGGAUCUAUUCAAAUUAGUGUCUGGGAUGUAAUCAGCUUGUGAAAACGUAAUGUAACUUUUUACUUUACUUUCUUUGAACAAGUAGUUCCCAUUCAGUAUUAUGAAUUGCUUUUUAAACUGCCCUCUGUUCAAAAGCGGUUGUCAUGCACCACUGGGGGCUGCAAUUGAGUGCGAGAAAACUCUGAAGCUACUUUGAUUAUGAGUUCUCUGGGCCCAUAUCAUUUUAUGGCUGUCUGGCAGUGUGUGUUUCUUUUAAAUAUUCAUUAAUGUUUCUGGUUUUAGUAUUCGCUGGCCGUUGGCUGAUGUCCUUUUGGACAGGGACCGCCAAAAUCCAUGAACUGUACACAGCUGCUUGUGGGCUCUACGUUUGCUGGCUUACCAUUCGGGCGGUGACGGUGCUUGUUGCUUGGAUGCCACAGGGCCGCCAAGUGAUUUUUCAGAAAGUUAAGGAAUGGUCCCUCAUGGUAAGUCAUCUGAAAAAAUGCAUUUUUUAAAAGUUUCGGGAAGCACUUAAUUGAUGUGGAGGGAGUGUUUGUCUAACUAUUCAAGAAGCAACGGUGACAAAUAUGUUUCCUCCCCUAUGGGCCUUCUCUAGAAAGAGGAAAUCAAAGAAAUAAUUAGUUGUAGCAUUUCCCUCCCCCCCCCCAAACUGCCAUAGACUUCAUGGCCUUCAGUUAUUCACCAGAUCUGGGCGACCAAGGCUGGAGGGUAAUGAAUGACCAGAGCCACUCUUUAAUUUCUUGAAGGAGAGAGCCUAGGUCUCUCAAACCUGCCUUUGAACUCUUGUCCUCUGAGCAUAAGCUAGAGUGGAGAAUUUGGCAAAGAGUAUUAGUGCUGAACCUCACUCAGCACACGGUAGCACAAACGUCCUUACUUUGCCUUCACUUUGGGGAAGAGUUGUAGCAUUGACAACUGACCCCGGGUAUGAACCCUAGUGAGCUCUCGUUCAUAUGUGCCAGCUGAAGGAAAGUAGACUUCCUUUCCUUCAUUACUCUCUUCGCUUUCUCUGAUAUAUUUUGUCAGAGGCAGCUGCCUUAGAAAUUACUGCUCCAGAGGGGACCCACUAAAUCUUUUCUAAAUCUGGUUCUGUGUAUUUGUUUCUCUUUGCACUCCCGUUUUAUUGUGAUGUUGUGUAAGUACAGCCACAAGGUUUUGAAGUGUCACUAAAUUAAGUUUUCUCUUUUUUUUACUUUUUAGAUAAUGAAGACAUUAAUAGUUGCUAUAUUGCUGGCAGGUGUAGUUCCACUUUUGCUUGGACUUUUGUUUGAGCUGGUUAUUGUUGCUCCUUUGAGAGUUCCCCUGGACCAGACACCGCUAUUCUACCCAUGGCAGGUUAGCUCUGUACUUUUUGCUUUGAGUGCUGUUGUAGAAAUUAGGCUUCUCAGCUCCGCCAGGGAAAAAGGCAGGGAAAUGAAUGAAUGAAUAAAACUUCAAUAGUUCCAACUGUUGUCUUUUGCAGGAAAUUAAACUAAUGAAUGUGGCCUUAGAACUGUGAGCUUCAUUGUAACUGAAAGCAAACUGAAAGCGAACAUAGGGCUAAUUUUAUAUAUUCCCUGCCUUUUCACAAAAAAAGUAUUUAAGGUGAUAUACAUAAAAUCAAGCGACAUUCACAUUUGUAACUUAACUCUAAAUAUGCGUGAUGAAAAUAACACACGUUCAUUUCAUAUAUGUCCCUGCAUCUAUUUUCCUCCCCUUCCUUUGUAUUAGCAAAUUCCCUACAUUUUCCCUACAAUUAUAGGCAACAGUUUUGGGUGUGUAUGUAAGAGCCUGCCCCCUUUUACUCUACAAUCACUGUGCAUAUUGACGAUGGUAUAGAAAUAAUAAUCAUUUUCGUUUUGACUUAGGACUGGGCUCUUGGUGUUCUGCAUGCCAAAAUAAUUGCUGCCAUAACUCUGAUGGGCCCUCAGUGGUGGCUGAAAACUGUUAUUGAACAGGUAAGAACUGCUUCUUUGGUGCAAGGGAAGCAAACAAAACAUACAGACCAUUAAAUUGCCCAUACUAGGGAACCUGUGGCCUUUCAGAGCUUGUUGGUCUGCAACUUGCACCGUCCCUGACAUUUUGGCUAUGUUGGCUGCGGCUGAUGGGAGUUGGAGUCUAAUAGCAUCUGGAGGACUCUAGGUCCCUUAUCCCUGGUUUAUUCUGUUUACUUCUUCCUUAGCUACCUCUAAAACUUAGCAUCUUUCCUCUCGCUUGGGAGACUUUGGCUUGAUACCCAUAAAGUAUUACUGAAUUUUCAGUUUGGAACUGUGUUUUCCUGACUAAGAAACUACAAAAUAGCUCUCAUCUCUCCCCACUCCCCAAAAGCAUAACAUUACAAUGGGUUACCACUUAGAGGAGCAUGUGACAAAAGUUGACAGAGGUUUUGCACAGAAGGGAUGUCACUAGUGUUAAGGGAAAAAGCAGGGAGAAAAUAUAAGUAAAUUUUACAGGGCUACUUUUCGUUAGGUUUUUCAAAGCAAAUAUAACAACCAAAUUAAGUGUUAAACAAAUUGCAACAAAUAACACUAUAGAAACCUUUCUUACUAUAUAAGGCACACUUUUAUCAAAUAUUUUCCCCCAAAGGAUGUUUCUUAUUGAUUCCAUGAGUUGAACAUGCCUUGUCUCUGUACCUUAUAAGUUUUAUUUCUGCUUUUACUGUUACCUUGUUCAGAUGAUCAUAUCCUGGCUCAAUGAGAUGCUUUGUUCCUCAGUAUAACCUAGCAAACAACUGAGGAAGUCUUAAGUUACCUAUAAUUUCCGUUUUGUCUGAACUGGGAAACUUUGACAAACAAUUUUGGAAUAAUCUAGAAGCCCACUUGAAACCGUGACUUCAUAUUCUGCCUUGCUGCAGAGUCAUUAGCCACAGUUUCCUUCUUCAGAUAUAAAUAUCUGUAGAUUUCCUGGUUUGGUUAUGGGAAGGUUUAUUCACACCUCUGCUAAGCCAUUAUCAUCUGAACAUGGCAAAUGUGAAAAAGAUCACCCUUAUUAUAGCAUCUUCAACAUAUAGUACCCUUGCUUGUAUCAUUUUAAAAACUAAAAUGGCAAUAUGGGUUAAAUCCAACUGUAUUAUAAUUUUACAGUGGUUUUCUAAUGGUCACAUGGUAUAAGCCACAACCAAACCUUGCACACACACAGUACAAAACAUACUUUCAUUUUAUUACAUAUGCACUAUAAUAGAGGCAUCUACAGUACCAAGAAGCACGUAUUAUAGACUUAAAAACAACUUGAAAUUAUUAAAGUGUAUUUAUUUUAUUUAAACAAUUUAUAUACUACUUAACUACAGUCAUCUCUGAAUGGUGUGCAGUGCAGAAGGGUAAAAGUCAGUUAAAACUAUAAAAUAAGACUUCAAUUAAAAUCCCUGCUGGAAUAAAAAAAGAAGUCUUCAGUUGGUGUUGGAUGAUCAGUAGGAAGAGGAGCUGUCUGACUUCAACUGGGAGUUCCACAGAAUUGGGCCCAUAAUACAGAAUGCACAGCUCCUUGGAAACACAUGCCUGUUUCCUUGUACAUUUUUUUCCUGUUUAUAUAAACAAAUGAGGCAACACCUAACACAUACUCUGUUCCCAGGUGUCCCCACUCCCCCAAUUUUGGGUUUCUAUCUGUGUUGAGCUUUUCGUUUAAUUACUGUAUAUUUUUAUUUCUAUAUAUUGGGAGAAAAAAUGAUCUUGAUUAUUAGGACAUAAAUAAUGGGUUGUGUCCAGCCAGGUUGUCCCAUUUGCACAGAGGUUUCUGCCUGUGCAACAAAACCUCUCCCUCUCCUUCCCAAAUCUGCUUUAGUUGAUUUAUAUACUAAAACACCUGUUUAGUGAUACAGUCAUACCUUGGGAUGAAUACGCUUCAGCUUAAAUAUUUUUGGGUUGCGCUCCGCGGUGACCCGGAUGUAACGGAGCACGUUACUUCCGGGUUUCGCCGCUCGCACAUGCGCAGACGCUCAAAAUGAUGUCACGUGCAUGCGUGGAAGCGGCGAAUCGUGAUCCACGCAGAUGCUUCUUACGUUCGCUUCAGGAUGCGAACGGGGCUCCGGAACGGAUCCCAUUCACAUCCAGAGGUACCACUGUACGUGGAAACUCACCUGUGGUUUAGCUCUAUGUGGAUGAGAUAACAGUGUGCCCAAGCAAAGUGUCUGCAAACGAUAGCUUUGCUUUUAAAGAAUGAAGAAUGCUGAGUCCUAUGAACCAGGGAUACAGUUCCUGGCUUGCAGCAAACUGUAUUAAGUUUCAAAACAAGUUAACUUCAACUCAUGGGUUAUGAAACUGGCUUCAUAAACUAAUAGAGUUUGUUGUAAGCCAGGAUUCCUGGUUUGUUGGAGGCAGCAAGCCAACCUUAAUUUGUAAGUGAAACUACUUUCUGCAGAACUGCUCCUGGCUGUGCAUGGAGGGGGAGAUAUGCAGGCUCAGUAAUUUGUUUGGGCUUGCUUCAGCCUGCAGCUCAUCUAGAUAGCACUAAACCAUCGUUUACAUGCUAAUGCUGAUAUUAAAAUUUUAACUGCCACAUUUAAUGCUAAUAUUUUAAUGCUAUAAUGCUGUCAUUCCUUCCUAAUCAUAAAUAUGGAGAUUUUUGUAUGUAAUACAUUUAAUGUCAGGGCCCGGGCAGCCAUCCUUCAUGCAUCUUGACUGUGGUCUUAUUUUUUCAGGUUUAUGCAAAUGGAAUUAGGAAUAUUGACUUACACUUUAUAAUACGGAAGCUUGCAGCGCCUGUUAUCUCAGUUCUGUUGCUUUCUCUUUGUGUACCUUACAUCAUAGCUUCUGGUAUUGUACCUUUACUAGGUAAGUGCAGAUGGGCAUACAGAUUUCAUUGUGUGGGUCCCAGCUUAAGAUACGAAUCGGGGAAAAUCUUUUGUUAGAACGUCAAAUGAGUGUUCUGUCAAGCAUGUCCAUUAGGUAGCUGUACUUCAUUUACCACAUACUGUAUCUUGCCCAAAGGUUCAAGAAGUAUUUCGUUUGCUAGCUUCAGUGAAAACAUCAUGUUACAUCAUUUGGAGAGUUACAUAGUUUUGGCCCACACAUAGAUCCUGAAGCUGUUUAGCAGCUGGUAGGCUUUAGCUGAAAUUUAGAGAUUCCCAGCUUUUGUUUUCAAAGAAAUGUACUUCUAGGUCAUUAAAAAUGAAAUAGAAGUAUGUACUAAAUUUGAAGGUGGUGGCUAAAAUAUCACCCUAAAAAGAAUCAUUUCAGGUAAACAAAGAUAGCCUAUUAAAUAUGUGAAUAUUUAUACAGAAGAAAUUGUACAAAAUACAUAAAACAACAAUCAGAUGGGGAGUAGGGCUACUACCACGAAAUAGCUAGUAUUUUAGAGUUCCGUGACAAUGCAAUAUUGGGCAGCCCUACUCAGAAGGGACGCGGGUGGCGCUGUGGGUUAAACCACAGAGCCUAGGACUUGCCGAUCAGAAGGUCAACCUGCCAACCUAGCAGUUCAAAAGCACCUCAAAGUGCAAGUAGAUAAAUAGGUACUUCUCCGGCGGGAAGGUAAACGGCGUUUCCGUGCGCUGCUCUGGUUUGCCAGAAGCGGCUUAGUCCUGCUGGCCACAUGACCUGGAAGUGGUACGCCGGCUCCCUCGGCCAAUAAAGCGAGAUGAGCGCCGCAACCCCAGAGUUGGUCACGACUGGACCUAAUGGUCAGGGGUCCCUUUACCUUACUUAGAAGAAAGACCUAAUGAGUGGGAUUCACCAAACCAGCAGCGUUGGUGGAAACUCUGCACACGGGCUUCCGCUUGUGCAACUGGGCUCCUUUCCCCCUCACCCUAUGCAUUUCUGAAAUUGGCUUGGGGUGGUGGUGUCAGGAGAACCCCUGAACCACACAUGAGGGGAGGAGAAGGGAGAUUGUUCCAUCUGGCAAGCUGAAAUGCUUGUGCAGAUGGAAGAAUUGGAAGAGUGUGAUGUUGAAUUCCACCCAUUGUCAUUUGUCACCUUGGAAGUACCGUAUUUUUCCAUCUAUAAGAUGCCCCCAUGUAUAAGACGACCUCUAUUUUUUGAGCCCCAAAUUAAGAAAGAAAUAUUUUAAACAUUUCAUGUAUAAGACGACCCACAAUUUUAAACUUAAAAAAUAUGGUGGAAACACAGAAAAAUAUGGCAUAUCUAGGAUAUAAUGAGCUUAAAGGUAAAGGGACCCCUGACCAUUAGGUCCAGUCGUGGCUGACUCUGGGGUUGCAGCGCUCAUCUCGCUUUAUUGGCCGAGGGAGCCGGCAUACAGCUUCUGGGUCAUGUGGCCAGCAUGACUAAGCCGCUUCUGGCGAACCAGAGCAGCGCACAGAAACUCCAUUUACCUUCCCGCCGGAGCAGUACCUAUUUAUCUACUUGCAUUUUGACGUGCUUUUGAACUGCUAGGUUGGCAGGAGCAGGGACUGAGCAACGGGAGCUCACCCCGUUGCGGGGAUUCGAACCGCGACCUUCUGAUCGGCAAAUCCUAGGCUCUGCGGUUUAACCCACAGCGCCACCCGCAUCCCAUGCAUAAUGAGCUUACAAUCACUCAAAUAAAAACAUGGCUGCAGCAUUCAAGAUUGAAUUAUUGAUUCAGAAUUAUUUGUAUUUCGAAUUCUCCAUUUCAGAGCUGUUCAGGUGAAUCAUACAACUAAAUUACAAAUACUAGUUGGAAGACUUUACAGCGUUUACAGUGUGGCUGCAAUCAGUGGCUUCUCCUUGUAGAUAAGCAAUGUGUCCUUCCCCAGAAAACACUGCAUUACUUAUUUUGUUCUGUAUGUGGCAGUAGCUUGCUAGAGGGUAGUGGAGAAUGGCUCAUUGAGCAACAACAAAUGUGUUCAUGUUCUGAGCUUCCAUUAUAAAAUAUGGUUGUUCCUACAGAGUAUGUGGGGUGUGUGACACGGUAAUAAACCAAACAUGAAACUGGAUAUUAAAUAGGCCAAAAUUUUAUUAGCUCCAGCUUCUGUGAAUUCAGCUUUGCAAAGACAGGAAUGUUCUGAUACUCUGGCAGCCUAUUUGCUGACAAAAAUCUGAAUACCAGUAAGCAGAAGAGGUUUCAGGAAAAAUUCUUCUCUGUUCACAUAAACCAGCAGCCACUGAACACCCAAAGCAAAGAGACAAGCCUUGCAACAUAAGGCAGUAUCACUUGGUGGGAUGAAAGGCAAGAAUCAAGAGGCUGAUAUUGGUAGAGUUUUGCUUGUUGGUUGCUCCAGUUCCAAUAUUUGAAAUGCAAAGCCUUUAUUUUAACUUUUAGCUCAUUUGCUCUUGUUAACUUUUUUGCAGGUGUCACUCCUGAAAUGCAAAACCUAGUGCAACGUCGAAUUUAUCCUUUUCUGCUCAUGGUGGUGGUUUUGAUGGGGAUCUUAUCUUUCCAGGUCCGUCAGUUCAAGCGCCUUUAUGAACACAUUAAAAAUGACAAGUGAGUACCUACAUUAGUAAAGUUCAUCAGUUCUGGGGCAGUAAUACUAGUAUGCUAAAGUUUUAGGAAGCUAGAAGUGAUGGAUAGAUUUUGGAGCAUUGUGAAAGUGGUAUUUUAAACCUUUUCUGAAGCAUCUGGGAUGAACAGUAAGGUGACAGAAUACUGGAUCAGAUUUGCAGUGCUUUGAGACUAAAUAGAGAUGAUAAUGUCACUGCCGCUGGAAACACUGAAAGCUUUUCUUCAAAACCAGAAAUUCUGUGAAGCGAUUCAUGUUGGUAUGCCAUUGCCUGCCUCCUCCCAUUGCCUGCCCAUUUGGAAUUUGCAAAGGGGUGUUCAGAAUAAAAAUAUUUGUAACUUUCUGUACUUUGAAUGUCCAUCCCUUUUAUAUAAGCUUUAAAAAUGUAUUCUAUAUUUUUACAUACUACUAUACAUAUCGGGAUCUUAAUGACUGCAAGCAAAUUUUCCAUCAGCAAAGUAUUUUAAAUAAAAUACUUCCCCAUUUACUCUGCCCACUAUUUUUUUUUAACGGCAUGUGAUGACCAAACAUAAUGGUGUGUUUGUUUGUUUUUUAAAUCAUAGGUACCUUGUUGGGCAGCGACUUGUGAAUUACGAAAGGAAAACUGGAAAACAAGGGACACCAGCCCCACCCCCUCAGUCUUCACAAGAAUAGAAACGCUCACAUGGAAUUACUUGAUCUUCCCUUGCCUUUGUGUCCUUUUUCAUUGACUGGUCUUCAUUCUUUGGGUGUCUUUCCCAACAAUCCUCUCAGCUGGGUUUUUAUCUUUUAAUUUUGGCUUACUUUUUUCAUGGCGUUCAGAAAGCAGUCAAGGCUGUGCACCUUUUACCUGCAACUUCUGAAGUUAUCAGCGCUGAGAUCUGUAAAUGUGUAAAUAGCAAUACCCUAAUACCCUGAAUUAAAAAAUGAAUGUUCAUUGUACAUCUUUAAAAGAAUAUUAAUUUAUUAAAUCUAGUUGCCACUUUGUUUUGGACUGCUGUUCUGUUGACAUAUGUGCCACAAAGCAAUACUGCAAUAGGCAAGACACUUUUUUUUUUGGAAGAAAAAAACAACAACAGUUGCAUUUUUAUGGUGGCUCUGGCCAUUUCCCAAAUGUAAUUUUUGCAAAGCUGGGGGCUCAUCAAUAUAAAAACAAAAUGACCAUUACAGUCAGCAGUGAAGUGGCUGCGGCAAGAACACAUAAGCUUCAUUUUUUUAUCAUUUUAUAUAACAUCAAAGCUGAUGUAAAUUUUCUAUUGCCUGAUUAUCUUUUUCCAUGUGUAAGUUUAUAAUAUUGUACAGUAACUGGUAAAUCAAGAUGAAUUUUUCUCCUUCAAGCAGUUUUGGCAUUGCUUGUUUGGCUGGAAGGCAUUAAUUCCUUGGCACUGAAAGACAGAAUUUUAAUGAAUUUCUAAGCACUUAAAUCAAAGUUCAUUAGAGCUAAGUGGCAGGAAUACUUAAAUCUGCUAAUUGAGAGGUUUGUGGAAGAAUGCAUUUCCAAUGCAUAAGCCAAUAUUUCCUUUUUACAUCUUUGAAGCUAUACAGUUUAAAUGCUUACAAGGAUUUAUUUACUCUCUAGAGAAUAGUGCAGAAGGUUAUCUGACAAGUUUAUUCAAGAGCACAGAGAACUUAAAGGCUGGAACAUGUUACGAAAGACCCUCCUUUUUUCUUGAGUGGCCUGAAACCUCCUUACAACCAAAGUUGCAAUUUGUACUAUGGACUUUAUACCAUAUCAUAUUAAAAAUGAACAUCUGUAAUUCUAGAAAUGGUUAGCAUUAAUUUUGCAUGGCAGUAAUGCUAGAGGUUUUGGGGGAAAAUUUGUAGAUUCUAUGGGAGAAAACCUUUAUAGUAUUAACAACAGCAGAAAGAGAACCAAAAAUAAAAUAAAGAGCUGAUCUUUACAAUGAUAGCGCUAAGGAAGAGGCCCCCCCAAUCAAGUUCACCAAUUCUCAUAUUUUUAUACGUGUACUUAUUUUCUGCAGGUAGAUAUGCAUUUUUAAUGUAAAUAGUUCUGAGACAGACAAAUGGAACUAUGCUGAAGCUUUAAGUACAGUUCAGUUGUGUGCUUAAAACACACAACAUCCUAUUCAAAAACAGUGAGAAAUUGAUUUAGGUUUAUUGUAUUGAGAAACAUUAAUGCUAUGCAGUUGUGUGGCCACUCAGGACUGUGUCCUUGAACAUCAUGUAUAUUUAAUUAUGUGUAUUGAAUAGAUUACCAAGGAAUUUGUCUACUGUCUUCAGGAUAUGUCUUUGUGCUUGAAAGAAAAAGCAGAAAUAUGUCGAGAGCUGUUCUGGUUCCAUGUUUGGGGGGCAGAGGCGGUGGUUAAGAUUUCUGACAAUCUACGCUCAUGCCCAGUAGAAUAGUAGAAUUGUGUAAUAGAAGUGGAACUGGACUAUCCAACUGGACUAUCUAACAAGAGGUCCAUCUUUGGUAUUUUGCAGCAUUACCUCAUUUUAGACAUUCUGGGCUAUAAAAUGUGUUGAUACACUUGAGGUUUAUUUCUAAAUAAAUAUUUCACAAAAUUCCAAAUAAAAAGAGCAUAGUAAUGAGAGAUGGCCAAAAACACUUCUAAUUCACUGUACAAAGAUCUUAAUUUUGAGUCUUUUGUGCCUGAUCCUCUGGGACAUGCAAAUAUUACACAUUUCAAUAUUUAUAAUGGUGUACUUUUCUGUACAGGAGCAUAUUUUACCCCCAAAUACUGCAUUUUCUGGUAAUACAUGUGUUUGGUUGCACAAUUAUCUGUCAUUGAUGGUCUUUGUUUUUGUUUUUAAUAUCCAAGCAGUCUUACCACUGGGAUAUUGCCAGCGAUGCUGUGCUUUUUCCUGUAGCAUUUUGCAGAAAUGCAGUAUCUUGUAAUUUUUGUUUUUAUCCUGGACAACCUGAUCUGCAAAGAUUAUUAAAGUUUAUUAAGAAAAAGCCUUGACACUUGCUAUCUUAUUGCAGCACAAAGCAGGGCUGUGUGUAUUCUUUUCUAAAGGGAGUGGAGUGGGUAGAACCAAUGGCUGCCAACAUGAAACUGGAUUCUCUUUACUUGCAUCAAUUACACAAAUUAAGUGCACUUACUCCAAGUUUAUGUAUUGUGCUUCUAUUAGUAAUGGGAAAGGAAGUAUGUGAGGUGCUUCAUACUCGCGAUCCAUAUCUCACCACCCAUUUCCUAUAUGUUUCGCUGUUGCCUCCAAGGACUAGAAACGUACUUUAAAAUGAAAAAGAAGAAAAGCCCAAGUUUGCAAGCCCAAGAAUACUUGCCAAAGGAAGGUGAUAUUUGUAGGGGUUUUUUUAUAUAACCAUAAACAAUGGCAUGGGACUGACAUCUUAUCAAUAAAUCAAAAUAUAAGGUAAUACUGUAGGAACAAAACAGUGUUCAGAUUAAGCUGUUCAGCUAUCUAUAUAUUCCAGGUGCUAGUAGGAUGGUAACUUUCUGUGGUGCCACGAGAACGUUAUUCAGUACCUGGUGCAUGGAGCGUCUGAGCAAGUUUCCAGUCUUCAAGGCUGUAGAGAUUAGUUUUGAGUCACAGCACAUAGUUUUGAGACACAGUGCAUUCUGACUGAAUGCAGGUCUCUUCUGUGCAAGGAGCUGUCCCCAUUAGUUUCAGUGGAGACACCUGCCUAUGUCUCCCUUUCUCUGCUUGGAGUUUUUCCAUUCUUUGAAGCAAG